CUACAUGGCCGUAGCACAAAACCGUUACGUUAUCUUACACCCCCAAAAAGAAAGUCCUUGUCACUCACCUAAACAUAUUUAUCUGUACCAAUCAAUCACGUCAAUGCCUGCCCCUCUCUCCAAGGCGUGUAACAGAUACAGCCAAGAGCCAUAACUGCUUAGGUCCCUCCACCUCCAGCUGUCUCUACAUUGCUCUUUAUUCCUGCCUCUCUCUCGGACUGCCCGCUCCUUUCGCUGUGUUUCGAGGGGUUAUGACAGGAUCAGCUGCUAGGACAUUUUAUCUUUACACUAAAAUUAGGAUUGUUUCUUAGUGAGGAGGGGCCUGCACCUCUACAGACAGCACAGCAGCACAAACUCACAAGAGAGGCUCACUACGACCUCCGGCUGCCUGCUCUAGAGGGCUCUGCUGGAGCCUUGGCCCUGGGAGAGACAGCACCCAAUCUUUAGCCCUGGAGCAACCUGACGAACACAGGUAACGGCUAGACCUCAGGGCAAGGUAAGAAAUCGAUGCCCUAUGAGAACUCCUGGGAGUCUGUUCAGUAACAUAUACAAUGACUUCCUGGAUGUAAUUACAUGUAACUACAACACAUUCUAGGGCGUAGAAUGAAAAGUUCUGCCCUGCUAUAUGUAGCACUUGUAUGCUUAAAAAAAUGGGGCAUCAAUCAAAGAGAGAGAUCCCAAAGGAAAUGCUCUGAUUGAUGAAUUGUGUUCCCUGCUCCAGCACUAGAAUUCUACAUACAACAGGACAACUGUCUCUUUAUAUUGCCCACCAGCUCAAGAAGAGUUGAAAGUCCAGGAAUGUAUUUGUGCGUUUAACAACUGAAUUCAGUAAAUUAAAUGUUGGUCACGCGACGGCCGAGUAGUAACAAUUAGGCCAAAAUAUUCCUGUUUUGUUUUUGUGUUUUAAAUCCUGAAUUUACCAAGUGGUUUGCCAGCUAUUUACUAUCGAUUAGCGAAUAGAUAUAUUUAUCGGCUAACAAUUAAAUGUAAAUCAGUUAGUUCUCUGAUAACAAGUUUAUUUAAUUAUAAGGUGGGAACAUGUUUUUAUAUAUUACAGUAACAAUAUGUCUGCUGCCUGUGUCUAGAUAAUGGGGUAUUUUAAAGUUAAUUGGGUUUAUUUACUAUACACUGAAAUGUAUUGAAUGUAAAACCAAAUGAAUUAGACAUUUUAGGCAAAGAAUUGCUGAUUUGGAAAAGUCCUGGCUGGACAGUUUUAUCCUGAAUUUAGCAAUUUCACUGGCAAUGCUAAAUAAUAAUAUAGUUCAUGAUAAAGAGUGCAGGAUAUGUGUAAAUUCAUAUUACCACCUUAAAAAGGAUCAGAAUGUCAAUAUUUGGAAAUGAAACCGAGAACAUAGAACUCCUAAUGUUUGUUUAUUUAGAAACAGUAACAAGCAGGACGUUCAAACACACCUGUUAUCUGCAUCUGUUGCCAAUAGUCAAAUCAUUUGAUCUGUCUUUUCAACUUACUCCUAAAUUUGGCAUCCAUUCUUAGAACUGACUAUAUUUCCUGCCCUAAAGAGAGGUUUUUGGUAUUUUAACCUUUUUAAAAAAAACUGAAUAAUAAUAUUCAUAUUGACUAAAUUAAGAAUUGUCAUGAAUUCAAAGUUAAUUUGAAGUGAAUUUCAGAAUUAUUGCCAAAGUAGCUGAAUUGGAAAAGUUCUGAUAGUCAGCCAUGUUUCCGGGUCACCUAUUUUUUACACUGGUCUGUGAAUGCAUUGGGAAUUUAUAAUACUUCUCAUUCUAGUAAACAACCAUGAUUUAUGUCUUUUCUUCACUUUUUUGAAAGUUAGAAAAGUUAGAAUUGUUAAGGCAGGUAAUAUAGUUAGUUCUAAGAAUCUUCUCUAUAAGUGGGACACACAUACAUUCUGCCUAUUCACCCUGAGAAUCUGCCUACUGUCCAUUCACACAUUAAGAUUUUUCCCAUUCACACAAAGAGAUUCUGUCCAUUCACACAAAGAGAUUCUGUCCAUUCACACACUGAGAUUCCGUCCAUUCACACAAAGAGAUUCUGUCCAUUCACACACUGAGAUUCCGUCCAUUCACACACUGAGAUUCCGUCCAUUCACACAAAGAGAUUCUGUCCAUUCACACACUGAGAUACUGUCCAUUCACACAUUUUGAUUCUUUCCAUUCACACACCGAAAUUCUGUCUGUUCACACUUUGAGAUUUUGUCCAUUCACACACCGAGAUUCUGUCUGUUCACACAUUGAGAUUUUGUCCAUUCACACACCUAGAUUCUGACCAUUCACACAUUUCAAUUAUUUCUAUUUCUAAAUGAGAUUCUGUCAUUCACACAUUGCGAUUCUUUACAUUCACACACUGAGAUUCUGUCCAUUCACACACCGAGAUUCUGACCAUUCACACAUUUCAAUUAUUUCUAUUUCUAAAUGAGAUUCUGUCAUUCACACAUUGAGAUUCUUUACAUUCACACACUGAGAUUCUGUCCAUUCACACACAGAGAUUCUGUCCAUUCACACAUUAAGAUUUUUUCUAUUUCUAACUGAGAUUCUGUCAUUCACACGUUGAGAUUCUUUCCAUUCACACACUGAGGUUCUGUCCAUUCACACCCUGAGGUUCUAUCUGCUUAUCUUGAGACCCAGAGAAUCUGUUAAUUUACCCAGAGAAUCUGCCCACUAAAUUGGGCACACUGAGAUUCUGCCUAUUUACCCUGAGAAUCUGCCUUUUCGCUCUGAGAAUCUGAACACCUGCCCAUUGAAUGUCAAAAACUGGCAGGAUUAUUUAUUAAACUGCAGAAAAUUAAAAUGGGAAUUACAAAAGGUAGAUUACAGUAGCUGACAGAAAAAAACAUCAUAGCUAGAAUCCCAGAUUGGAUAUUUUAAGCACAAUUUUGCAAACUGGAUUUUUAAAAAAAAACUUUUAUCAGAUUUUAGUAAAAAAAAACUCAGACAGGGUUGUUCACUAAAUUGUCAAUUGUUUGAUAUUCAAAGGGAAUUUACAAUUUUAUGCAAAAAUGAUCUAAAUGGAAAACAUUCUAGAGGCCAGUCGUGUUUUUAUUGAGUUUGGCUAAAAUUCUAAAUUUGGUUUAAUUUUACUUUGAAUUCCAAACUAUUCACACUCCAUCCUGUCUGGAUCUAUCCCUUCGAUCUCAGAAUCUGCCUGUUACUAAAAGAUCAAGUGAUGAUAGCAACUACUGGUUGCUUUUAAUGUAUCAACGAUUCCUAUAAUUACAUUCCAUAAUUAAAAAACAUUUUUUUUAUCAGAAAUACACAUUACCUGUAGCUGCAUUUGCGAUCACCAGCCAUAUUCAAAUCAAUGACUAGCCAAUCUCGAAUUGUUCAAAAAAUUAGGCAGCGAUAAGAGCAAUUUGCAGACAAUAGUAAGAAUUCUGCAGUUUUUAAAUCCCCUGCUGAUGGAACACACUUUGCUCUCAGAUUAAAUGGGGGAUACUAUCACACAGUAUCUCACUAUGGUGGUUUACCAAGGUCAAGGCAAUUGAAGUUCCGCAAUAACAUGGAAUUAAGUCUAACUAUACUGAACUAAAAAAAAUGAAUGUCAAAAUUUAGUCUGAAAUAGCCAAAUUGUGAUUAGAGAUUUUUUUUUUCCAAAUCAGAAAUUUUUGCCUAAAUUAUGCAAUUCAGUUUUCAUUUCACUAUAAUUUAGCAUUUAGGGAUUAAAUCCCAUAAAAUUGCUAGAAGCAAAACUAUAAUUUUUUUUUUUAAAUUCUUUAUUUUUGAGUUUUUAAGGUCAGUACAUACAUUUAGUGUGUGUGCACCAUAACAAGAGAAAGGUAACAAGUUAUCACAUAAAGUGGGAUAAACAGAGAUUAUUAAAGGGACACUAUAGUCACCAGAACAACUACAGUUGAAUGUAUCUGUUCUGGUGAGUAUAAUAGUUCCCUUCAGGCAUUUUCAUGUAAACACUGCCUUUUCAGAGAAAAGGCAGUGUUUACAUUGCCCCUAGGGACACCUCCAAGUGGCCACUCCUUAGAUAGCCACUGGAGGGGCUUCCUGGCUCAGGGCUGCACAGUAAGCAGCCCUGCCGUUCAGCGUCCCUACACUCUGCAUUUUCCUCAUAGAGAUGCAUUCAUUCAAUGCAUCUCUAUCAGGAGGUCCUGAUUGGCCAAAACGUCAUUUAGCCCUGCCCCCGUGCAGAUUUUAUCCAAUCCAAUGCUUUCCCAUGGGCAUGGGGGGAUGGGUUCGUUGUGAGUGCGUGUUUGAGUGCAAGUUUGUUCCAGAUUGCAAUCGAAGUUGUGAGGGCUGGGGUUGUCUGUGGGAGUCUAGGCCUAGCUUGUUUCGGCAUCCAGAUAUAUAGGGAGGGGAAGUCCCUACCUAACAGGUCGUGUUCCAAGUCUACCCAUCACUUGAGUCCUGCUGGAGCAUGUAAGGUUUGUAUUUGGGCUAGUUGUGCUGCAUGAAAAUAUUGUAGCAUGUUUGGUAAGCCCAGGCCUCCUGCCCUUGUAGGGAGAUACAUUAUGGCCCUUCCUAUCCUGGCUCUUUUAUGCGCUCAUAUAAUUUGGUCCAUGUGGGUUAGUAGAAUUUUGAAGUCUUUUGUGAAUAGAGGGAUAGGUAGCGUCAGAAAUAAGUAGAGGAACCUGGGGAGUAUGUUCAUUUUUAUCAAGGCUAGCCUACCCAGCCAUGAUAUGGAAAGACCUUCCCAUGAUGUGAUUUCUGUCUUCGCCUGCUGUAAGCGGUGGGUGUAGUUCAGGGCAUAGGUUUAAGUUACAUCUGCCGGUAGGUUUAUUCCUAGAUAGUGAAUGUGUGAGGAGUUAAAGUGGAAUGGGUAGUGUGCUUGGAGAGUUGUCAGUGUCUCUGCAGGGAUCUGAACCGGCAGCACUUCUGUCUUGUCUAAGUUUAACCUGUAGCCUGAGACUGCUGAGUAUUGUGUGAGUAAUGUUGGGCAAAACUAUAAAUUUUAUCCCAUAAAUCACUGAAAACUGAAUAUGGAAUUAAAAGUUUUAGGCAAAAAAAAAAUUACCUGAUUUGAAGUAUUUUUGGUGUAACAUAUAAUAUUCUCAAUAAUUGAUCAUUUAAUUUAACUCACUGAGUUCCAGAGGGCUCUCCAGGUGCUAAAACUAAAUGCUAAUAGGGUAUUCACGUAAGGGUGAUUUUUUGGGAAUUCAAAGUGAAUUUAACAUUUUAGGCCUAAAUGUUUUCUGUCCAGUUAUUUUGACUCUCACCACGCUUCUAUGAACAGUUUGGCUGACAAAUUACAUUGCAAAACACUGAAAAGUCUAACCUCCCUUAAAUUUCUCCUCUUUUCUCUGGCAGGUAAAUGGCGGCUCUAUCCCUUCCUCCACCCAAUUCUCAUCUGGCUCUUGAAAUGCCAAACGGAGCGCCACGUUUCCUGUCUUUCCCUCGCUCUGUGACUGCGCCCAUUGGCUCUCAAGCUGUCAUGAGAUGCUGCAUUAGUGGGGAUCCUCCACCUUGUGUACUCUGGGAGCGUGUGGGAAAUAUUCGAUUAGAACUGGGAGGUAGAUGUAAUGUUCAACAAGAUGGGCAAUGGUAUCAGCUGGUGAUUGGUGACCUGAGAUUGGAGGACUCAGGACAUUAUAUGUGCCGAGCCAGUAACUGGUCUGGCGAAGGCUACGCUGGAGCUAAACUCACAGUUACGCACAACUUUAAUGAGGUUAACGAACCUUGCACAUUACCACCUGAGUUGCCAUCAGAUAUGCUGCCAUCUGAGCUACCUUUGACCUUAAAAAGUGGGCCAAGCGCUGCAAUAUCCAAUGUUACUCCAAGCUCUAAUUCCGUUAACUCUUCCAACUCCCAAGAACUUAGCUCAGAUGGGAAUUACUUGCUAUCUUCUAAAACGGACUAUUCAGAGAUUCCUGACUUCCCUCCUCACUUCCUACUUGUCCCAACGUCCCAAAGACUAUGUCGGGGUCAAAGUGCAGAGCUUUCUUGUAGGCUUUCGGGGAAACCGGAGCCAAUAGUUCAAUGGGAGAAAGAUGGAGUAAGCGUGAAGGACCUUUGCGACGGAUCUCAUUAUCGUUUGUCUCCUGGCGGUCACACUUUAUACAUUUCCCAUGUUCAUGCCCCUGAUGCUGGGGUAUAUGUAUGCCGGGCAAAUAACAUAGUAGGCCAAUGUUUGGCUGCUGCUGUCCUGCUAGUAGAUCCAGCCACACGCCAAGGUCAAGAGCCUAUUCUAGGGGAUCCCCCACCUCAGGUUAAAGUCUUCACAGUCAAUGAGGGAAAACAUGCCAAACUUCGAUGCUUGGUGACUGGUAAACCCCGUCCAGAAAUUAUUUGGCGCAAAGAUAAUCGUGCAGUAAGUCCAGGGCGCAGAACAUUGAUUUAUGAGGAUCGUGAAGGCCACUUCAUCCUGAAGGUGCUGUUCUGCAGACAGCAGGACCGUGGCUUGUAUGUAUGUGGUGCCUCCAACACAGCUGGGAACACACUGAGUGCUGUCAUGUUACACGUGAGAGGUAUGUCAAACAUGUCCUUGGUGGAACAAAUAGACUAUUAAGAUAUUUCAUGAUAGAAAAUAAUCAGAAAUUUGUAGAAAAAGGUAAACUGUUAAACAUAUGUGAUCCUAGAAUUUAGUAUAAAAAAAGCUUUUUGAUGGAAUAUGUUACUGAUGAGGACCUCAAAUGGUAUGUAGCACCCUGUAUAGGAGUAACAGUCCAUCCUGUAGUAAAUCCUAUCCUUCCACGUCCACAGUGCUUUGUGCAUCAUCCUUUCCCAUAUAGAACCUUGAGGGCCCAACCAACAUAGUGUGUUCUUCUAUCAGACUGUUGCUGAGGCGUAGCGAUUGGUCUGAGACCUUAUUAGAGGUAUAUAGUGGUAAGGGUUAUAUUAUUAAAAUGGAAUCAUAUGUCAUAUUAAUCUUUAUAAUUUAAAUCCAUGCAUUAAAUUUCUUACUUAGGUACAUUUUGGCAAUUAAGGUAGUUCCACUUGUGGGUUUUUAUACCCCGAGUCAUCAAUUCACGGCAAAGCAGUGCAUACAGAGGUACAUACCGUUACGUCUUCCCAGGUAUCUACUACACUUUUAGUAACAUUCUGUAUUUUAUGAAUGAAACAAAGGUAUAACUCAGUAUAACUGAUUUAAAUGGUUUUUUUUUUUCACAAAUAAUUGGUCAAUCCCCUCAUUAUAGGCAGACAAUAGUCUUUUACGAUAAGAUAUUUUAGUACUGUGAUUAUUUAAUUUCCAGUCUGCACUGGGCCAAGCUUCAUAUCUCUUGCAUUUGAUUUCAACGUUUAAAUUGUCUUUAGCUUCAAGUACAUUCCACGUUUUUUUUGUUUUUCUCGGUUUGUCUGUUAAGCCCUGUUAGGUUUGUUAGCGAUGAGAGACAGCCAGCAAAGUGGCAAAUCAGCGCUGGCUGUAGAUGAAGGCAAUGCACAUGUAAUGGAUAUUGUGUGACUUGCCCCUUCAUUCUCCAAGAAUGUUCACUUAUUGCCGGGCUAAGAGCAAGCAGUGAGAAAGAACUCAGCGGGAGUUAUGUAUUAAAAGUGUUCUGAAAAGGAGUCUAUAGUAACAAACGUGGGGCAGUCACCAUGGAAACCAAUGUAACCAGCAGCCACAUUGCAUUGGUGACCCAACCCCUUUAAAAUGUUUGCACCACUUAUAAAAAGUUUUCAAAAAUAUUAUACCCAACUUCCAUCAUGCAACACAGACACCUGGAUACAGCUGUUCAUGUAUGUGAACAGAUACAAACCUUAGAUGUUACUAUAUGUUUAUAAACAUUUGCCUCAUUAAAGGAACACUAUAGUGUUAGGAAUACAACAAUUAAUUUCUAUUUAAAUACCCUUCCCCCCCAGCCCACCUCCCCAAUUUUCAUAAAAAUGAAUGACAUAAAGGUUUUAAAUUACCUUUUCCAACGCCGAGACACUUUCGGUGGUGCUCACCUCCCUGCCUCUUGCGGGUCAUGGAUUCCUCCACAAUGGUCUAAUUCAAUGUAGUGGAUUUAACGCUGCAAUGUCAACAUUGUAGUUUCUAAAAAUGUGUAAUAUUUUUCAUUACUGGGUUAAAACGAAAGGGAAACUGCACCCAGAACAACUAUUGUGUUCAUAUAAGCUCUGUAUUUCCUUCUGGAUCAACAGCAUCAGUCAAUUUGUGUGAAAAACUGAACUUAAAGCGGCACUGUCAUGGCCGAAUCACGUUUUUUUUAACACCCCUCCCAACUCCACUAAAUUGUAUUGUCCCCCUUGUUAACCCCAAAUGCCCCUAAGCUCCCCAUUACCUAUUUUUAAAUCUUUAUUUUCUGCCCGGACCUAGGUUCUGGGCGCCGCCAUAUUUGUGUGGGUAGAUAAAGUCCCUGUGGGACACGUCCUCUGCCCACACUAGACAGACUGUGAGAUUCCCAUACAUGCCCAGUUAAACACUUGGGCAUGUGAACAGUAAUUUCAUCUAUUCAUUUGUCAGAAAGACAAAGGAAUGAAUAGAAAUUUCAGAUGAAUGAACAAAGACCUCUUUGUUCGUUCGUUUGGUUUAUUACCAUUACCAUUACCGUGCCGGUAGCUCCCUCCUUGUAAAAUGUAAAAAUAGAAGCGUCAGGGAGCAGUGCUCAGUGCCACUUCCUAAGCCCCCUAUGUCCUCCCUCACUCUAUGGGGGUCAAUAUGACCCCCAUAAUAGCAUAAGGGAGAUUAAAAUCUCCCGAAUGCCCCUACUCGCUAUGCUGCAAGUACGGGCAUGUCUACUAAACAGUGAGCAGCCUGUGUCAUUUUACACAACGUGGGAAAGUUCUUUGGAAUUUUCCCAUGCUGUGUCAUAUGACUCGUUACCCUCUGAUUGGUUGCUUUAAAUUUUAAUUGUAAUUUUAAAGUUCAACAGGUAUUAUGGAUUUUUAUUUUGGCCUUUUUUGGGGCUGAAAAAAUUAGUUUUUUAGAAAAAAGAAGACAGCAAAUUGUAAGUUUGUUUUAUUUCAGGUAUUUAGUUUUAUUGUUAAAAUAAAGAGUGAGGGGGGGUAGGUAGGAAUUUAAUAAAAAAAAUUCAGUGAGGGUGGUGACUAGGGGCUUGACGACCCCUUGUCACCUGUGGGGGGUGGUUACAUUUAGCUCCCACCCACCACCCAUGGGUGAGGGCCAGGGGAAGGAGGAUAAUUGGUUCCCCCCUUAUUGUAAGUUAGGGGCCCCAGCCCGCUGCUCAUGGGUGGGGGCCGGGGUGGAGGACAAUAGGUCCCCCCCUUAUUUUAAUUUAGGGCCCCCACCCGCCGCUCAUGGGUGGGGGCUAGGGGGGGAACACCAGGGUUUUUUUGUUUUCUUUUUUUACAACAGUGAGCAGCCGCAAUAUAGCAAGUAGGGGCAGAAUUUACUAAUACUAAGUAAUCUUUACUUAGUAUUAGUAAAUUUAGCUGAAAGACCAAUUUAGGUCUUUCAGGCUUUUGGUAGAUAACUCCCUAAUACCGUGGGAAUCAUGCGGCACGCGGCACGAAUCGGAUCAGAAUUUCAUUCAUUCAAAUGAAAUUCCGAUUCGAACAAAGUCCCGAAUUUUGUCCUAACAUGAUGGAGAAACUGUUCUCAUUCUGUUAGGACGAAAUUCGGUAGUUUUUGCCAGCAUUCUGUCUAAGUGACAAGUGAUUCGGGAAUACUGACAGGAAGCAUCACAGGAUCACAGGGGAAAGGUAAGAAUUGUGGGAAAAUGUCUCUGACCACACGAAACGGAGCACACUUUGCUUCUUCGCUGGUCAGAUAUGGUCAGGCGUAGGAAACCUCCAUAAGACAUGUAGUCCCUACUUUGUCUUAUGUUUUAAAGAAAACUAGAGCAGACAGGAAGAAAUGAAGAACAGAUCCUGACAGAGGAAGAGAAGAGGAAUCGAUUGGGGAAAGGUAAGUUCGGCAUGACAGUGCCGCUUUAAUUCAUUUUUGUUUCUACUUGUUACUACUUUAAUACAUUUUAUCAGAUGACUGCUGACUGUUCUUUGUUGAUGAGUUCUCUUCUGAUGCAUUCUUUCUCCAGAGGUAGGUGAACGAUUCCCAGCACCUCUGAGAGAUAUUGCAGUGCGAGAGGGGCAGGACGCCAUAUUGGAGUGUUCGGUUCCGGAUGGGUCUCGAACGUCCUGGUUUCUGGAAGAUCAGCGGUUACACCCAGGGAAGAGGCACCACAUGGAAGAAAAUGGUCCAUUGCGACGACUCAUCAUCCGGGGGGCCAGAACAGAUGAUGAUGGAGUGUAUGUAUGUCAAACUCAGCGAGGGGCCCAGAGCAUUGCGGAGGUAGCUGUCAGAGGUAAAUACCUGAAAUAUACCUUGCCUCCAAUGCACUAAACUCUGUGUGAUAAGCUAUCAAUCUACGCUUUGGGAGAUAUUAAUAAAAAUCACAUAUUCAAAAGUGGAGGCAGUAGAAUAUUCUGGUUGAUUCCAUUGUUUUCUGUGCUGAUUGAUCCAAUUUGUUUUGUACCUUGUGCUUUAAUUUUAAAUUAACAACAGGUUUAUCAGUCUCAUCCUUUGUUUUUGGCUGGACUUACUAUGUCAGUUGGAUCCUGCAUCUAUUAAAGUGCAUUUCCUUAGUUUUGAACUUUAGUGUUUGUCGACCUGUAAAUGGUAGACGUUACUGACAGAUUCCUUAACAAAAACUUUACCAGAUUGUCUAAGUGGCAUGUUAUAUUUCACCCAAGGGCGACAUUCGCUGGAACAAAAAUGUCACCAAAAAAAAAAACCCCAUAGACAACUUAUCUAUAUGUGGACCUGACACAGUGUUCAUAAAUUCCUCCACAAGUUAACUGGUUUUCAAUUUCAACCUCUUUCUCUCUCUUUGUCAGGCAUGCACAGACCCAUGCAAUCACACAGGCACGCACGCGUAUGCAAUCACACAGGCACGCACAGACCCAUGCAAGCACACAGGCACGCACGCGCAUGCAAUCACACAGGCACACACAGACCCAUGCACUCACACAUGCACGCACAGACCCAUGCAAUCACACAGGCACACACAGACCCAUGCACUCACACAUGCACGCACAGACCCAUGCAAUCACACAGGCACGCACGCGCAUGCAAUCACGCAGGCACACACAGACCCAUGCACUCACACAAGCACAUAGAGACCCAUGCAAUGACACAGGCACGCACAGACCCAUGCAAUCACACAGGCACGCACGCACAUGCUUUUAUAGAAAUAACAGGAUUUUUUAACAUGCUUUCUACUCACAAGAGUAUUUGCUAAAAAGGAGAAUUUAAACAGAAUUCCACAUGAAUUUCAAAUUUAAGGCCAGAGUAGCUAUACUGGAUAUGAAGCUGACUUCCAUUUCAGCUGCUUGGGCCUUAAUUGUUAAAUUCACUUUAAAUUCUCACUUAGUGACUAAUCCUGCUAAUGUUCAGGAUUAACGUUAUAUGGGCUGAAUAGUUGAGGUGACAGUAUGUUCCUGUUUGUGAUGAGUUUACAAAUGGCUUUGUAUAAAAAUCUAUAAUUCCUCUAUAGUAGAUGUGAAAACCCUACCGGAGGGUCACUAACGUAUUGUGAUAUUGUGAUAAUAAAAUGCUUCUAUAAGAAGUUUGUGGCUUUAUUCAACGAACAGUUAAUUGUGGUGAAUUCAUUGUUAAUUUGCACAAUAUGUAAUAUAAAGGCAGAACACUCGAAAGUAAAAGUUUCAAUGUCAGACUCAUUUGUGUUUGUUAAUGGUUUCUAAACCCCAGUUUAUUGUUGGGUUUAAUGAGUUUUGGGGUAUUUGUUAAUUUUCUUUGACAAGUGUUGCCCGUCGUUGAUGAAGUUUUUUGUUGUUGUUGAUUUUGAUAAAACAAAUGGGUCAAUAAAUUGUAUUUGAAGGGGUUGUGGCCACUUCGACUUGACUAAGUACAGAUUGAUAAUGGCGUAUCGGCCACUGUUAACAUGUACAUAACAAUGUAAGAAAAUAAAUACAAAAAGGGACAGGUAGUAAAAAUAUAUAAAUGCAACCAACGAUACUGUGACCAUAUAAUCAGUGAAUAAAGAGUAGAAAAAUUUGGAGGACAAACAUCAAAUUCUAAAAACACAAUACCAAUGUCUUCAGUAUUUGUAUUUGUAAUUCUGCACCCUGCAUGUUCUGCGCUUAAAAAAUGUCUGGGUGUAUCAGACUUUAAAGGGACACUAUAGGCAUCAAAACCACUUUAGCUUAAUGAAGCAGUUUUGGUGUAUAGAUCAUGCCCUGCACCCUCACUGCUCAAUUCUCUGCCAUUUAGCAAUGAAAUCACGUUUGUUUCUGUCUGUGAAGCCUUAGAAAUAUCUCCACUGGCUGUGACUCACAAAGCCUGUAUGAAAAAAAAUGAUUUCCUUUUCAAUCAGAUGUUAACUUGCUUUGGAAGUUUUUAUCUCCUGAUCUGUAAAUUGAACUUUGUCACACACUGCAGGGUAUAACAGAGCAGGAGAAAAGGAAUUAUUAAUUAAACAGAUUGCGCAAUGAAGGGAGUUUAAAAGAGUUUGAGACUCACAGCCAAGGGAGGUGCUGCUAGGGCUGUAUAAAUAAAGUAAUUUAACUUCUAGAUUGCAGAUAAUUGAGCAGUGAGACUUCAGGGGGUUGAUCUAUACACCAAAACUGCUUCAUUAAGCUAAAGUUGUUUUGGUGACCAUAGUGUCCCUUUAAAUAACUAUUCACUAGUCUUAUUUUAACAUUCGGAUCACCAUGAAAUGUUUCACCAACAGAAGGCACUGGAGAGUCAUCACAAGUUGGUUAUGAUUAACCUCACAAAUUUUAGAGCCAAACUGUCUCCAUAUAUUUUUUAAAUUCUUUCUUUGUUCUAAUCCUGUUCAUGGAAAAUAAAAAUUAAUGAAAUGCAAAGACAAACACAGUGUGUCUGUAUUUAUAGCAUGAGUUACUAUGAUAUCAACACUUCUUUAACUCCAUUUCCUAUCAUUUAGGUUCCAUUGUGAAGAGACUGCCUCGUCGUUUAGAGGUGGUGGAAGGUGGUAAUGCAGCUUUCUGUGCUGAGACAGACAGCGAUGUGGAGCAGGUCGGGUGGACUCAUAAUGGAGAAAUUCUGUUUGAGGAUUCCAGGACAGUUUUGAAGAGUUUUGGGAGAACUCACGUCUUAGUGAUGGUUGGGGUAACACAAGAGGAUUCUGGGAUUAUCCAGUUCCACGCUGGACUUUCUGAAUCAUCUUGUCAACUCCGCGUAAAGGGUAAGAAAAACCGCGGCGAUUAUAUAAUAUGCCUCGGUUGAAUAUUCUAUAUAAGCGUUUUCAAAUAAUUUGAUAUUUUUGGAUAAACUUUUAAAAUGAUUUCAUAUUCUGAAAAAUAUUUUAUUUUGAAAAAAGCAUAGGCAUGCUUUCAAAUAUUGAUAUUUACAGUUUAUGAUUUUUGUUAGAAAUGAAUCCAAUCCUUCUCUUGAAAGUAUUCACCAAAUACACCCAGGCAAAUACAUUUUAAGUAAAUUUUACAUUCUGAACUCUUUCACUAUUAACUUCAGUAAAAUCACACAAACAAGCUUAACGCCAAUAAACGCAAACCCCAGCUGUAGCCCUAACCCUAAUUUCAAAGAAAACUAACAUAAUAUAGACAUUAUAUAAUGCUGGCACAUGUAUUAUGGAAAAUAACUCCAUACUAGAGUUUAGAGAUACUCAGAACACACUUGGUCUUCUAGUUUAUUAUGAUGUCUCCAGACCCCUCAAUUACAUUAUAUAUAUAUAUAUAUUUCCAGAGUUUUACAUUUUUUUCUGCUAGGCUUGUUGUAAAUGAGCGCUGCAUCCAUUACUUACUAUAGGAAGAACACCGAAUUAAACUCUUCCCUGCAUUCAUUUUUGGACAGCUGUAGGUGGGAGUUUUCUCAUCAUAUUACAAUGUAAUCCUAAACAGAAGGCGCAAGCAGGGCAGCCAGCGAGGGCUGCAGCGAGCUAUGACUUUCACAUAUCUCAGAGAUGACAUCAAGACAAACUGACGGUGAUAUUAUAUGAACAAAAAAUCUGAUUCUGCAACUCUGCCGUUCAUACAAACUGAUUUUGCUGAGCUUAGCGGCUCGAGUUACUGAGCAAGAAAUUAAAAAGACAGGUGGGAGAUGAGCAGGGAAGGAAUAUAUUAGGAUGUGGUAGCAUGUGACAGAAAGUGAAUUCAAAGUGAAUUUUACAACAUUUUAGGCCUUUAGCUGAACUGGUAAAUUCUCCAAAUCAGCUGUGUUUUCAGAUCGCUCAUGUUGGCUUAAAAUUAUAAAUGAAUUUUUCUGACAAUUCCUACUUUAUUAAAUAACGCUGUGAUUAUUACAAGAUGGGCUUUAGUUUUCUUCUGUCAUUAGAGAUUGUUGCAUGGUCUCUUGGCAAGGGAAGCGGGGGAAAAGAUUGAGGUAUAAACCAUGCAUACACUGCCGAGUCACCUCGUCUCGAAAUAAUGCAUUGCUAGCAGAAUGCCGCAUACAGUGUGUCAUUUUAUAUAACUCCCACGUAACUACUACUAACGAGCUAACCAAAUGGCAGAAAAUGUUCUAACACAGUCUCAGUCCUUAUCAGCACCCGAUGCCAUCUUACAUUACCUCCCAGUUAGCAGCUGGUAUAAAUGUAACAGUAGUUUGCAACUCCCACUACCCCUAUACCCCCCAGGUGAUUGACUCGAUAAUUGAGGAGACUUCACAAGGGGAUCACAACCCGUAGGUCAAAACAGCUGAACUUGGGGAAAAAAAAUAGCAACUUCAACUUUUUUCCCAGCUCCAGUGUAGACCAUGAAUGUGACGUUUUUCAUGUCAGUUCUCUUAGAUUGCCAGACGUUGAUUAAUCCUGCUUUUAUUUUAAUACUAAAGCAGUUUAACUGUUACCUGACGCCCAGGUGGCUAUGGGGACAUGUUUGGACGCUCAGUGUAAAUAAAACAGGUCACCAAUAUGAGAUAAAAGCAGACAAAAAUAAUCUACAUCUGGAAUUAUGCACUAGAGCAAUGACUUGACAAACUGAGAACUAUUUCUUAAAGCAAACUGGAUCCAAACUACAAACUUUAGACUUGAGUUGGAGAAAUAUUGGAGAUCGGGGAGUUUUGCUGUUUGAAUCUCACUUUUCUAGAACGUGGACUUUAGCGAGUAAACUUCUUUGAACUUAUAUUUGUUUUGUGGGUUUGCCUUUUUUGGCAAACCCACAAUGAAAUUAUACAAAUCCACUAUUUAGGGAAUACUCCCCACCAGCAUUUAAAGUGAAAUCGAAAAGAAGCUACUCUUAGGCCAAGAUUGCCCCAGACUGGAAAAAUUGCCCCAAAUCAGUUAAGUUUUUAGUUUGACUGUUUUUCCUUAAAAAUUGAAAUUCUCAGUGAAUUUCUCACGAUCCACACUUGUGAAUAACUCUCAAAAUGUUAACUAAAAAAAUAUCUACAUAAUCAAAGGGAUUAAAGGAAUAAAAAGUAAACAAUGUUUAAGUGUACUUCUUUAAAAAAACGGUCUGCUAAUGCAGUUAUAGUAGAAGAUUCAUGUUCCAGUUAAAUAAUGCUUUACACGUACCGUGAUGGUGUCUGGUAAAAAAGCAGUUAAUGAUUUAUUUUACUGGGAAGAUGCAAUGUUAAUCUGAUAUCAUUCUGCAGAUGGAAGUCAUGGUAUGGGGGAGAUCUAUUUUUAAGAGCCCCGCUUAUUGCUCAUGUAGCAUAAAGAAGUAUAAGUUUAGAAAUGUUUACGCAUGCUAUAAAUAGUCAUUUAUUUAUUUCUAUUAGAGAGAACCAAGACAAGCUGUAAAUCUCUUCCUCUUAUCCCAAAUUUAUAAAAUAUUUUUUAACUGCAGACUUCUAACAGGUUAUUUAGUAAGUGAGAUUUGUUGGGAAAUUAAUGUGACUUUCAAAGUUAAGGGAAAAAUAUUUGAAUUUGGAAAAAUUCCUCACUUUUGUGAAUAUCCCUGUAAGUGUAAUUCCUUGUUGGAAAGGCUUCCAGUUUGGUUUUUAUUUAUCAAAAUUUAAGGAGUUGGACUGCCCUCUGGUUUAACACCACACUGUUUUCAGGCAAACUGGUUUAAUAUCAAACUAUUUCGCUGAUUUUCAGUCUAUUCACGUGGUCAUGGGUGAAUGAAAUUGACAUUGAUUAUACGGGAAUGUAAAUUCUACAUUAUGAAUCCGACUAAGAUGGGAAUGGACGCUUGUAAUUGAGAAAACCCUUGAUUUAUGUCAAAUUGUUCAUAAAAUUUUUGAAAUAAAACAAAGCUAUAAACAGGUCUUUAGACCACAUAGAAAAUAAGGAAAACAUGUCUUAGGCCCUUACUAUAAUUGAGGAGGUCUAGGCUGCAGUGAAACACACAAGGAUGUACCGAACCAUGUAGAUUAAAAUACAACCAAAACGAAACAGGGAAGCACCACGCCAAAAAGGUAAGCUCAAAGUGCGAUAGCUACAUGCAUGUACAUUGUAUAAUGUUCCAAUUGAAUAGCCUAAAAAAAAAAGCAAAAAUCAGGACAAAUAACAGCCGCUAAAAGGAAAAAAGUUAAAUAUUUUUGUGGAGGACUCACUCACAUUUUACAGAGCUAUCAUGGAGCUCUGCAGAAUUUCACGUGGAUGAUAUAACCUCUGUCUAUGGAUAUCUGUAGUUCUAAAUGUGAGGAGUCCUCCCAAAUGGAUAAUGCCCAUACAGUAUAUAGGAAACAAAGACAAAAAGAUAUGCCAAUUGUGAAGUAAGUAUUAUUGGAUCAGUUAUGAAAGGAAGAAUUGAACUUACAAUUUCUAGAGCAGGACUUGCUCUAGUGGUAUGAGGGUUGGGUGGUAUAAUCCCCACCUAAGGAUAUUGCAGGUUCCAAACAUUUUGGAAUUAUAGAUAAUCUAAAAAAAAUAUUUGAUCCUGAAGGCAAAUGAUUAAGUUAAAAAAAAAAAAAAAACUUGAUACCAAAAUCACUCUGAUUUUACCAUGAAUCAAAAGGGACUGUAAACCCCAGAAUAUCUGGGGUUUCUUUUUUUUUUUUUUUUUUUGGAAAAGACAUCAAAAUGGGUUUUUUGGUUGCGAUUUUGGAGCUCUUUCCAUCCAACUCAUGGUGUUCUUGGUAAUCUUUCUCUCGCAGCUCGCGGAGUGAAUAUUGCCCCUGCCUGUGGGGAACCCCCUAGUCGUACGGUGGAUGUUGGACAGCCGAUCAGCCUUAACUGCCACGUGCCCAGCUCAGGGACCAAGGUUCGCUGGAUGAAGGACGGUCAGGAACUGGAGUCAAGAGGACGAGUCUCCAUCAAGUCAGACGGCAGAAUGCGAAGACUCCUUAUCUCAACCUCCAACUCAUCAGACACGGGGACGUACACAUGUCACACCGCUAAUGACAAAGCAAGCUUCAUGGUAACCAUGACUGGUAUGUUACAUAUAUGUUCAAUAGAAAAUCUGCUUUGAUGUGCAACUUUGUAUUUCUGAGAAACCUUUGUUUGUUCUUAUACACUCACUUUUGAAUAACACUAUGACAUUGUACGGUAGAUUAGGGGGGAGCUGGCAAACCAUUAGUCAGGGUAGACUGAUGCCUUCAAUUAGGAUCAUCCAUGUGGAGAUAUUAAUUAUUUUUAUUAUUACUGUUAUUUAUAAAGUGUGCCAACAUAUUGGCAAUACGGGAAAAUAGAUGACAAAGUACAGACAAACCAAUACAAAAGGAAUAGAGGAACCUUUAAAAUCUGUGUGUUUCUUGCACAGAAAGGACAUCCAUUUGUGCCUGCCCCCCCAAACCUGACUGAAAAGAAAGCGGCCCCUCCUCCCCAGCUAGCAUAUAAGAAAUUAGUCAAAAUUUUAAUGGCGUCUUAUAACCAAACUUCUGAUUACAUCUACCCAGAGCCUCCGGUGCAAAUUAUAAACACCAUCGAUGGCAUGGAGCGGAAGUGUCUGAGUGGGGAACGCGUGGUUUUAAGUUGCGAGGUGUCCCGGGAGAAUGCUGCUGUGCGCUGGUACCGAGAUGGUGUGGAGGUGGAGAACAGUGAGAAUAUCACGAUAGAGUCUGACGGGAGACACCGCAGGUUGCUGAUCAGCAAGGCACUGGUGCAGGACUCGGGAGAAUAUGUGUGUGAUGCCGGAGACGACUCUGUCUUUUACAAUGUGACAGUCACAGGUCAGUGACCAGUAUUGUUUGUAAGAUUAUAUAUUAUUAUAUUUACCAAACUUUUUACAACCCCCCCCGAAAAAACAAUAACUUUUGCUGUAAAGAUUUUUUUAUGAUCCAUUAGUGAAUUUAAUAUUUUGCGUCCAGUCCGCUGUAAUGAUAUCUUUGUUAAAUAAAUGACUUUAUAGCUGUACGUGUCUGUCUUUUCACAGAACCCCCUGUGAAAAUCAUAAGAACAAGCGACGAUACAGAGCUCAAGUGUCUAAGUGGAGAGCCGGUGACACUAAGCUGCGCAGUGUCACGAGAGAAUGCGGCGGUGCGCUGGUACCGAGAUAACGUGGAAGUGGUGGAAAGUGAGAGCAUAAAACUAGAGUCAGAGGGCAGGAAUCGCAGACUAAUUAUCCUUAAUGCAGGAUCACAGGACGCGGGCAAAUUUGUUUGUGAUUCUGGAGAUGACUCUGUCUGUUACAACGUGACGGUGACAGGUUAGUGACAUUUAACAGAACAUUCACACUUCUGGCUUCCUGUAACGAAGAAAAUAUUUCCAGAUAUUUCCUAAUCUAACAUGACCGUGACAAUGUAUAAAUAGCAACUGAGUCAGUCGGUCGGUGGACAGUAUAUAAGGAGAGACAUUACAAACAUAUUAUAACGUCUAAAUGAAAUAAGUAACAAUGCACAAAUUUAAAAUGAAAUAAAAGCACAGAGCCACAAAAAUCAAUAUUCUAGCACUAAAUUAAUAUUUUGGAAUGGAGGAGGUGGGAGGAACAGAGGAGCCAGGACAUAUUACAAAGCAAAACAUUUUCGGCAAAAAACGAUAAAAGAUUGAGCAUAAAAAUUACCGUUAAAUUUUCGGACUAAAGGCCGUUAAAUGCAUUUAAGCUGUGCUGGUGCCUUCGGUGCUACUUUAAAAAAAGGCAGAAAAAAAAAAGAGAGAUGAUCGCAUAAAAGGGGUAAACAUGAACCUAGUAAGUAUUUUUUGUUUGUUUGUUUUAGUGUUUGCGAAGUUUUUAAAAAAAACCUGUUAGCUGCCUGUUAAAUACCCGUUUGUAUAAUACUUAAUCACGAUUUUCUCUGCCUGGCCCUGUAAUGGUGUGAUCUCUACAGCUAAAUAAACAAACAAAAUAAACUUUAAAGAACAGAUUGGCGCAGAGCGCAAGAGGUUUGUUUUUACGUUCUUUUCGAGACUUCCAUUGACCUUGAAGGAACCCAAUUUGAGAACUGGGACUGUAAGAAUGAAUGAGUCAAGAUGACAAUUCCAAAGCUGUUGGGUUUAACCCUUUCAGCAUGCGACAAGUGAUGCGCUGAAACAUUCUUGCCUUUUAUAAUAGGCAGUAACGCAUGGCAUUUGCUAAUCUUGCCAACUAGUUCUGAUAAAAGCCAUUCUGCAGAGAAGACAUUUAUUGGAUCUGAAAAACCUGGAAGAGGUUUUGAUUGUGGCAGACAGCUAAGGACAGAUUAAUAAAUAACUGACAGAUUAAAGAGCCUGUUUGAUGUGUAAUUUGCAGACCCUCGUCAUGCAAGAGUGGUCAAUGACUGCUGCCCAAUGAGGCAGGACAUAUAGGGCAUCGAUGCAUGGUCUAAAUGGGACCUAUAAAAAAUAUGGUGGGAGAUAUUCUCAUAGUUCCAUCUUGGACCUUCCGAUCUCCUUCCAGGUCAUUGCAAUAUGGCGAAUACAACAUAAUUAUCAUUUUUUAUUUGCGUAGUGCUGACAAAUUGCGUUGCACUAGUUUAAUUGCAUGCAAUCUAUAAUAGUAAAAACAGGCAUGUCAGACAGAAAGAAUUCCAAUACAGUAUGGUUUAAGAGCCGUGGCCAAAAGGCAUUCGAUGUACAGCAGUUAUUAAAACUUCAUGCAUCUUCCUUGGGGCUGUACAUAUAAUUGAUGACAAAUUUAGACAUAAAGGUAAAAUAGAUGACAAGAACUCUGCUUAAAUUCACUGUCCUCUCUUCUCACUUGUUUAAUCUUUGUUUCCUCCUCUCUAGAUCCCCCAGUAAAAAUUGUAAACACAAGUGAUGACGCAGAAUUCAGGUCUCUGUGCGGGGAGCAGGUCCUGCUGAGCUGUGAGGUGUCCAGGGAGAACGCCGCUGUGCGCUGGUAUCGGGACGGUGUGGAGGUCGACCAAAACCCGCGAAUCAGACUUGAGUGUGAUGGGAAGCAUCGCAGGCUGAUUGUUGACAGUGCAAGCACUCAGGACUCCGGGGAGUAUGUCUGCGACACUGGCGAUGACUCUGUGUUCUACUCUGUAACAGUUAAAGGUGAGAGAUAGAAUGCAGGAUUUUACCAUUAAAAAAAAGAUAUAAAAGUGAGCAUCAAUCCCCACAUUGCAACGAGGGUUAAAUUUACAUUCGCUAGGCUUGAGUUAAGUGAUAACUGUUAUGCACAGUCACAGAUCAUUAUUAUAUUGGUAUAACAUACUAACUCAAACACUUCAAGGGUUAAUAAGCUGUUACGAGAAUAACUCAGCAGUGAAAGCAGAAAUAGACCAGUUAUUUGGGCUUUCAAUGUUUGUGUAAAGAGAUCUGGUGAUUUAUGGAAAGAAUUUUGAGCCGCUCCUGUCCCUGUCACUUUCACGGCUGCCGUCUAACACUGUGCUGACCGUUUUAGAUUAGAAUCUUUUUCGUAAUAGGUCAGUUUGUGCACUUACCUGAUUGACCAUAAAAUUACUGGAGAGAGAGAUAGAGAGGGAGGGUCACAACCCAGAGAAUUUACAGCACAGCCACACAAAUUCUAAUUCUAUAGAAAGUGGCUGGAAAAAUUUACAGUGAAUGGACUUUUAAAAAUAUUUUUAUUACAAAUCAUCUAAGAUUGAGAUUUGCCAACAAACCACAAGAAAGGUACUAUUAUUAUUAUUAUUAUUAUUAUUAUUAUUACUGGUAUUUAUAUAGCACCAGCAUAUUCCAUAGCUCUUUAAAAUAUUAUCAGAGGGGGAGAUUUAACAAUAAAUGAGACAAUUACAAAAACCUAUAGGAACAAUAGGUUGAAGAGGACCCUGCUUAAAUGAGCUUACAGUCUAUAGGAAGUGGAGUAUAAAAUACAUUAAGAGAGGGGAUAGCAAUAAAACAAGGUGAGAGUGAAGUAGAGCGAGUAGAGUGCUGCCCUUUAGGAGAGAGCAAGGGACAGGUAUGUGAGGUAGAGGUUACUCUGGGAGGUCGUAAGCUUUCCUAAUGUGUUUUGAGGCACUUUUUAAACAAUUAAAGACUAGGGGAGAGUCUGAUGGUGGUAGGCAGGCUUUUCCUUAGGAAAGGAGAUGCCUGCGAGAAGUCCUGCAAGCGCGAGUUGACCGUACGGGUGCGAGCAGCGGACAGGAGAAGGUCACUGGCAGAGCGGAGAGACUGAGAAGGGACAUACCUGCGGAUCAGUGAAGAGAUAUAGGAGGGGCUAGAAUUGUUCAAUGCUUUAUAGGUAUGGGUUAGUACUUUGAAUUGACUCCUAUACGAUACAGGAAGCCAAUGUAAGGACUGACAGAGGGGAGAGGGUGUGAGAGGAGCGACAGGAGAGGAAAAUCAGUCUGGCUUCAGCAUUCAUUACAGACUGUAGUGAGGCAAUAUGACUUCUGGGAAGACAGAGUAGGAGAGAGUUACAGUAAUCCAUGCAAGAGAUUACUAGAGCAUGGACAAGCUCCUUAGUAGCAUCUUGUAUAAGAAAGGGGCAGAUGCGGGCUAUGUUUUUAAGAUGGAAUCUACAGGAUUUGGUAACAGACUGGAUGUGAGGCUCAAAGGUGAGGCCAGAAUCAAAUAUAGCGCCAGGACAGCAUGCUUGCAGGGAUGGGCUGAUGUGGGUACCACUAACUUGAAAGGAGAGUGAGAGAGAAGUAUCAUUAUUGGUAGGAGGAAAGACAAGAAGUUAAGUUUUAGAGAGACUGAGUUUCAAAAAGCGGGAGGACAUUCAAUCAGAGAUGGAAGAAUGGCAAGCAGUGACACGUUGCAAGACGGGAGGGGAGAGGUCUGGGAAGGAGAGGUAUAUCUGGUUGUCAUCAGCGUACAGGUGGUAGAGGAAUCCAAAGGAGGUAAUAAGUUUGCCAAGAGAGGCAGUAUAAAGAGAAUAUAGAAGGGGACUGAGAACAAAGCCAUGGAGGACUCCAAAGGAGACAGGACAAAGGGAAAAGGUAUCAUUAGAAGAGUAGACAUCGAAUGAGUGUUGGGAGAGAUAGGAGGAAAACCAAGAGAGGACAGUGUCACAGAAACAGGGGGAUUGAAGAGUUUUGAGGAGAAGGAGAACAUGGUCAACAGUGUCAAAGGCAGCAGAGAGGUCAAGAAGAAUUAGUAUGGAGUAGUGCCCUUUGGAUUUAGCGGAGAUUAGGUCAUUAGUCACUUUGAUAAGAGCAGUCUUGGUAGAGUGGAGAGGGCGGAAGCCAGACUGAAGAGGGUCAAGGAGAGGGUUGGAAUUGAGGAAGUGAGACACAUGGGUAAAGACAAGUCUUUCCAGAAGCUUUAAGGAAAAAGGGAGCAGGGACAUGGAAUGAUAGUUAGAGGUGAGGACGGGUCGAGAGAUGUUUUUUUCAGGAUGGGUACUACAGUGGCAUGUUUAAGGGUAGGAGGGACAACACCAGAAGGGAGAGAGCAGUUUAAGAUGUUUGUUAAGGAAGGCACAAGACAAGGGGAUAGAGAUCUGAUAAGGUGAAAUGGGACAGGAUCAAGUGGGCAAGUUGUGGGGCAAGAGGAAAGGGGAAGCGCAGCCACCUCUUGUUCAGUAGCCAGGGAGAAAGUCUGAAGGGUAGGAAAGGCAUGAUCUAUGUGUGGUUGAGAAAGAGAGCGGCAGGGUGGGGAGAAUUCUUUCCUUAGCUGUUCAAUCUUGUCAGUAAUGUAGCAUGCAAAGCUAUCGGCUGUAAGGUUAGUCUGGGAGGUGGGGGACUUUAAUAAUCAAAAAACAUUAAAAUAUUUAUAACUUUUUUUAUGUUUAGCACUAGAGGUCGUUUGUUAUUCAGAUUGAUAAAUUUGACUAUUUUGAUCUAAAGGCAGCCUUCGGAAUCUCAGUUUUCCUCUGUUUACCCAAUUUCUAUUUAGUGAAAAUACCUUUUGGAGAAAAAUAAAUCUACUACUUGAUGUACUCCAUAAGAGAUACUAUCAAGAAGCUAUGAUCGUAGAUUUAUUCCUCAAAUACUUUAUAUACUGGUUAACCAAUCACAUGACCUAUGCCUGCUUUCUCUUUGCUGAAAACUUCAGCUUGAUCAAUGUACAGAGAUGGUACUGAUGUUAUUAUUAUUAUUAUUAUUAUUAUUUAUAAAGCGCCAACAAUUUCUGUAAGAGAUGACACAUAAUAACUGAUUCUCACAGUCACAUAGUCGGUUUUCUUUUUUUUUUUUUUUUUCUAAAAAAAAAAUUUUACAUCAAUUUCCAUCAGGUUUAAAUGGUAAAAAGACAUUUUCCUAGAAAGAGCUCCUUAAAGUAAUAGGCGGUUAAUCUGUAGAGCAUGAAAAUUAAAGGCGUCAAUCUUUGCUGUUUUUGCCGCAGGCAAGCUCCCGGUCCUACGGGACUAUAAUUUUCGGAGCUCCUUAAACUAGUGGAAAUCUGUAAGCUGAUGUUGAGAGCGAUGCACUCGGAGAUGGAGUAAAAUCCUUCUGUGUCUGUGUCUAGGCUCCUGUGGACCCGAGGCUGCCGCAUAAGGGUGAUCUUAUGUGUAAACGUCUGGAUAUUUUGACCCAUGAAGCAACAAUGUCAAAAUCAAUCAGAACAUUCUGAAAGUGGAGCAAUGAACACUUCCACUCUGUGGUUUUCACACUGAUUGCUCCACUUUUAGAAUGUUAUGUAGCUUUAUUUUUUAUAAAUGUCCCCCAUUGAACGUGUUUAGGUGAUUGUAGACUGAUUAGCACAAAUAGUUCAGAUAGCAGAUAUCAAAGGAACUCUCAGUAAUGAGAACCUGUUUCUGUGCUGGUGUUUUAGAACCCCCGGUGAAAAUUGUCAACGCCAGUGAUGACAAGGAUAUGCACGGUCUGAGUGGAGAACAGGUGGUGCUCGGCUGCGAGCUGUCUAGAGAGAGUGCCCAAGUUCACUGGUACAAGGAUGGCAUAGAGAUGGAGGAAACUGCGCACAUCAGGCUGGAAUCGGAGGGAAGUCACCGCAGACUGGUUAUAUCCAGUGCACUGGUGCAAGACUCAGGGGAGUAUGUCUGUGAUGCUGGUGAUGAUUCCGUCAUCUUCAAUGUGACAAUAAAAGGUCAGUAACUAACAAUGAUCGGAGAUUCUAAUAAGAUGGUCCUAAGAAUGGUGUCUUACUUUCAUUAAGGUGUGUCCCAUGAUCAUGUGACAUUCUGGUAAAGGUAUUCGAAGCAACUACUAAAACCCAUUCUUUUUGUUGGUUUUUGUCAUUGAGCCAUAUUCUGGCAGAGUUGACCAUUCAUUUCUUCAAGGAAUUUUCUUCUAAAUUCAUUGUGUUAAAGGACCACUAUAGGGACCCAGACCACUUCAGCUUAAUUAAGUGGUCUGGGUGCCAGGUCCACCUAGGAUUAACCCUUUCUGCUGUAAACAUAGCAGUUUACCUAGGGGUUAAUCCAGCUUCUAGUGGCUGUCUCAUUGACAGCCGCUAGAGGCGCUUCCGCGCUUCUCACUUUGAUUGAGAAUGCUUUCCUAUGGACUGGCCAAAUGCGCGCGCGGCUCUUGCCGCACAUGCGCAUUCAGCCGAUGACGUGGAAAGGAGGAGGAGAGUCUCCAGCACUGUGGGAGCCCGGGGCUGGAGAAAGAUAAGUGUUUAACCCCUUCCUCUACAUCCAGCCGGCGGGAGUUGGACCCUGAGGGUGGGGGCACCCUCAGGGCACUAUAGUGCCAGAAAAAUUUGUAUGUUUUCCUGGCACUAUAGUGGUCCUUUAAAGCAACGCUUAGUUUUUGAGAUGAUAACUGACGGAUCAAGCAUGUUUAUUGUACAGUUCUGGAAAGCUGUAGGAUUUAAUAUUAUAUCUAUGGAAAAAUGGUUAUAGUUAAGUAUACUGGGUGAGUUUAUAUUAUUAAAGGGACACUCCAGGCUCCCUCACACGUUAGAUGCACUGUGUAGGUUAGGUUACAGUUAGUUAUACUGGGUGGGUUUAUAUUAAUAAAGGGACACUCCAGGCUGCCACACACGUUAGGUGCACUGUGUAAGUUAGGUUACAGUUAGUUAUACUAGGUGGGUCUAUAUUAUUAAAGGGACACUCCAGGCUCCCACACACGUUAGGUGCACUGUGUAGGUUAGGUUACAGUUAGUUAUACUGGGUGGGUUUAUAUUAUUAUUAAAGGGAUUCUCCAGGCUCCCACACACAUUAGGUGCACUGUGUAGGUUAAAUUACAAUUACACUCUGUGGAUUUUUUUUUAUUAUUAAAGGGACACUCCAGGCUCCCACACACGUUAGGUGCACUGUGUAGGUUAAGUUACAGUUAGUUAUACUGGGUGGGUUUAUAUUAUUAAAGGGACACUCCAGGCUCCCACACACGUUAGGUGCACUGUGUAGGUUGGGUUACAGUUAGUUAUACUGGGUGGGUUUAUAUUAUUAAAGGGAUACUCCAGGCUCCCACACACGUUAGAUGCACUGUGUAGGUUAGGUUACAGUUAGUUAUACGGGUGGGUUUAUAUUAUUAAAGGGACACUCCAGGCUCCCACACACGUUAGAUGCACUGUGUAGGUUAGGUUACAGUUAGUUAUACUGGGUGGGUUUAUAUUAUUAAAGGGACACUCCAGGCUCCCACACACGUUAGGUGCACUGUGUAGGUUGGGUUACAGUUAGUUAUACUGGGUGGGUUUAUAUUAUUAAAGGGACACUCCAGGCUCCCACACACGUUAGGUGCACUGUGUAGGUUAGGUUACAGUUAGUUAUACUGGGUGGGUUUAUAUUAUUAAAGGGAUACUGCAGGCUCCUACACACGUUAGGUGCACUGUGUAGGUUAGGUUACAGUUAUACCGGGUGGGUUUAUGUUAUUAAAAGGACACUCCAGGCUCCCACACACAUUAGGUGCACUGUGUAGAUUAGGUUACUGUUGUGAAGUCUUUGCAACUAUCUCAGUAGCAAAAUCUCUGGAAGCGUAUUGAAUAGAGGGCAAAAUAUAAGGAGGUGUGAGCAGUGCGCACUAGUAGAUAGAAAGCCCGGCUGGAUGGUUUGGUAGAAUUAAAUUACUGGGUGAAUCUAAUGAUGUGUGUACAUGUGUAGAGAAUGCCACAGGAAAAAAUGAGUCUCACCUAUGGAAAGACUUAUAGACAUUCAAAACGAGAAAAUUGCAAGCAAACAUAUAAACAAAUCUCACCAGAAUGUUUGCCAGGACUCAAAUUGUACACAGAGUUUUCAUUUAAUUAUUUCUGCAUGGGUUAAUUUUCUUCAUUUAUUUAAAUGCUAAAACAAUGUAUAUCCAUAUUUCUAUGUUUUCACAGAGGGCAUAUUUUAAUGUGUAAAUUUGCCCUAAAUAGAUAGUUUGGUACAGUAACUCACUGCAAUCUGAAUUCACAUUACAUCUUUGUAGAACCUCCUGUGAAGAUAUUAAACAUGAGCGAUGAUGGGGAGCCCCGAAGCUUGAGUGGGGAGCGGGUGGUGCUGAGCUGCGAGGUGUCCCGGGAGAAUGCCCAGGUGUACUGGUCCCGGGAUGGCAUGAAACUGGAGGAAAGUGAGAACAUAAUUAUGGAGUCAGAGGGGAAACAUCGUCGGCUGGUGAUCCACAAUGCACAAGCUCAGGACUCUGGAGAGUUUGUCUGUGACGCUGGAGAUGAUUCUGUCUUUUAUAAUGUGACAAUAACAGGUCUGUGACUAAAAACACAAAUAAUGAGGACAGUCGUACAAUAGCGAUAUUCUCUUAUAAGCGUAUUACACUGGAUGGCUGUAAAAUGCGUUGGACCCUUCCCUACCAAGAUCAUUAUUAGAUUACUUAACUAUUUUUUUUAGCCACCAUCUGAAACUUGAGCCUAGUGAGUUCUUAGGGGUGCCAGCGUAUAUGUGUAACUGACCCUCCUACAUAGUAUCACAGUAAAAUUAACUUACUAUUUGUAUGCAUUCUAAAAAAACAUUAUUUUAAAGAAAAGAAUGUGAAGGGCAACUUGCUGUGAUAAAAAUGUAAAAAAGUGCAUUAAGCAUUUGAAUAUUUGUAAUAAUAGAUCACAAAUCUUACUGUCAUUAGUCAUUGAUAAACCACGUUUAAUUUUCUUCCAUUUACUGAUUCUUGGAAAAUUUCUCAAAACAUUUUAGAAAUUUGUCAAACUAAACAAAAUGAAUUGUCAAAUAGGGAGAUGUUACAGAUGGGAGAUGUUGAGUUUUUAGGGUGAAAAUUAAUGUUUUAAAAUGUUACCUCUUCAGACCCUCUCGUAAAACUCACGAACACGUGUGGCACAGACCACAGGUACUUAGGUGGCGACUGUGUGGCACUGAGCUGUGAUGUGUCUCGGGAAAAUGCCCUGGUGCGCUGGUUCCAAGAUGGCGUGGAACUGGAAGAUAGCGAGAACAUGAAGCUAGAGGCGGAAGGAAAACAUCGAAGGCUAAUUAUAAACAAUGCCUUGCCCGAGAUCUCAGGCGAAUUUGUUUGUGAUGCUGGCGAUGACUCUGUGUCUUAUAAUGUUACAGUGACAGGUCAGUAAAAGCUACCAAAAACAAACAACGUUAUCUAUUAUUUGUGUACCUACAGGGCUAUUCACUAUGUGUGAAGUUGUCGGGAAUUCCAAGUGAAUUCAAGAUGAAUUUUACAUUUCAGGUCAAAAUAGACAAACCUGGAAAAAAUCCUUUGAAUUACUGAAAAUGUACACUUUAGAGAAUGACCCUGUCUGUUUUUUUUUUUUUUUUCUUACAAACAAUUUCUCUUUGUGUUAGAACCUCCAGUAAAGAUUGUAACAAUAGGCGAUGACACGGAAGAGAAUUGCUUUACCGGUGAGAAGGUGGUCCUGAGCUGUGAGCUGUCGCGGCAGAAUGCUGUCGUGCGUUGGUAUAAAGACGGGGAGAGAGUAGAAGAGAGCGAGAGGAUCAUGCUGGAAUCAGAUGGAAGCAUCCGCAGGCUUGUUAUAGUCUCUUCGCAGUUACAGGACUCCGGAGAGUUUGUCUGCGACGCUGGCGACGACUCAGCCUUCUACAAUGUAACAGUAAAAGGUUCGUGGAGCGCACUGUCCUAAUAAUAACUAUAAAUAAAUAUAAAUGAAUAAAGAGUGACCCUUAUAAAUAAGCCAAACUUUUUACAAAAGUAGAUUUAAAAAAAUCGAAUUGCUCAAUUGUUUUGCAUUUAUCGUUUUAAAAGUUUAAAUAAUUGCAGUCGUAGAAUUUCAUAAACUCUCAGGUAUAUUUAGAAAACAGAACAGUUGUCUGUUAUUCCAAUGUGAAUACAUGUUAUCACCUUUGAACACUCUGUCUUCUAAGUGACAUUUUCUUUCCUUUUUUCACAGUAGCAUCAUUAUACUGCCUACAUUGAUUUUUUUAUUUUUUUUUGUGGGAAUACAAAAAUAAAAUAAAACAUUAUUUAUAGAACUUUUUUUUCACCGGCAACUUUUCUGAUGAUUUAAUUGUAUCUAUUUAGUACAUCGACUCGGCCCUCACAACGAUUACAUUCCUUUAUAAGACACAGGACACAAUUAUGUCUUACUUAUGGAAACAAAGAAGAUUUCACUUGGGAUUUAAUUUUUUUAAAUUACAAUGGAUAAGUAAACAUUAAUAGCAAGCUUUUGUCUUAUUAAUGGAUUAUUGAAGUUUCAGUGGUGAAAAACUAGAUAAAUUAUAGCAUUGCAGCCAUCCAGCUUUUGUUUGGAAUGUGGAAGUUGCUAAAAAAAAUCAUUAUAAAGAAUGAAUAAUUCAACUCAUUCGCUGUAUGCGAGUUUAAAUUUAAUAAUGAUUAAUACAAGGAACUCUUUCAUUUACCUAUACCUUACAUAUAUAAUCUGGUUAACCCAUUAGUCCCUAAACUGAUAGAAUCAGCAUUUUUAUGAUGGGAUAUGUAACCCAUAAGUAGCAUGUGGCUCUAAGAGUUCCCUGCAGUAAAUUGGGAUGGUGCGUCCUUUAAAUCCAUAUUAUCAUUUAUAAAUCCACACCGCCAUCUUUAACCCUUUAAGGACCAAACUUCUGGAAUAAAAGGGAAUCAUGACAUGUCACACGUGUCAUGUGUCCUUAAGAGGUUAAAUGGAUGGUACUAUCUUUAAAUCUAUGCUAUCAUGUUUAAAUCCAUUCUACCAUCUUUAAAUUCAUCCUGCCAUCUUUAUAAACCUGCCUUAAAAGGAUCAUCAGAAUUAAGUUGUUAUGGUGCCAAUACGUUCGCUUUAAGUAUUCUAAUGAUUUACAAGAAUGUCGACUGACUGGGGAAAAUGUAUCAGAAGGAAAAAGAUAAUAACCUCAAUUGACAGCUUGUAAUUAGAAAUAUUUAAUAUGGAAACUGAAGAAAUAUAUAGAAACGUUUGGCCACUUUCCUCUAAUUACAGGAAAAAACAUUUUGCAGAAGAUUUAACGCUUUAAAUCAGUAAUUCCUUCUGUACGAUUCCAAGCAGUUUAUAACUCGCACAUUUAUCAGCUCACUUCAUACCAGACAUUUUUAUUAUCUUAGCAGUUCUUUUGUUAUCAGAUUUGGAAAGAGGUAUAGUCGAACUGAUUGUUAUUCAGCUAAAGACUUGCUGGCCACAUACUGUCCUCAUAGUAUAUUUUAUAUUAUGAAAAGUUAACAAAAAAAAGGGGGAGAAAAAAAAACCAAAAAGGGGGAACCCUACCUUUAUUGAACCUAAAAGGAGAAACAAUAGUAUAGAAACCUAAAACAUGUCAAGGUGAGAGACAACUAGUUUACUAAAAUCCCAGCGUAUAGAUAACCUCCCACUGUGUGGGGGAGGGGGAGGAAAAUAGGAGAUAGGAAAUAAAUACAAGCCGAGGCACCGCCCUACCAGGCCAAACCAGAAGGCACCAAGCGGUUGUGGGACUAUAAAUAACACUAAACCGGUAUUGGUGCCCAAUGAAGAAAAAAGAAGAAAGAUAAGGGCAAAUGGUGUAAAGGCUAAGGAGACCACCAAAGUCCCCAGACACUCUAUCUCCUAUAUAAUCAAAUGCAAAUAGGAGACCACCAAAGUCCCCAGACACUCUAUCUCCCAUAUAAUCAAAUGCAAAUAGGAGACCACCAAAGUCCCCAGAGACUCUAUCUCCCAUAUAAUCAAAUGCAAAUAGGAGACCACCAAAGUCCCCAGAGACUCUAUCUCCUAUAUAAUCAAAUGCAAAUAGGAGACCACCAAAGUCCUCAGACACUCUAUCUCCUAUAUAAUCAAAUGCAAAUAGGAGACCACCAAAGUCCCCAGAGACUCUAUCUCCUAUAUAAUCAAAUGCAAAUAGGAGACCACCAAAGUCCCCAAAAACUCUAUCUCCCAUAUAAUCAAAUAUCAAAGCCAGGCGGGCGGGGGGGCGCGGUCAGGCCAGCGGCGAUGGCAAGGGAGCACUUUCCUCUGAGCUCUCUGCUCAGCUCCCUCGCAAGCCGAAUCCAGAAUUCACAAUUUGUUGAAAGACAUAGUGAUCUGGAAGGUUUAUCCAAAUAGUCUCCCAGCACUUGGUGAACUGAACAUUCUGAUAUAAAUAUAUUACGACUGGAAUGAAAACCCAAUCAUUGUGAGAUUUCUAGAUGGGAAAGUUGCAGAUCGGAUGAGUUAUAUCACUGGUGUCCAUCAUACCAGUGAUGCAGGUUAUGUCAGUCUCCCCACUGAAACAUAAUUGGGAAAUGACUGAAUGCUGGAGUUGUUGUGUCUGAAGGACUGGGUUGGGAGCACGGUCAUGAUGCCAUGGUUUCUCUUUCUGUUAAGUGCAUAACACUGGGAGUCCACUACUGAUACUGGCAAAUAGAUUUGUGUCUGUGGGAUGAAUACAGUUUUGUUUUACUCCCUCUACAGAGCCACCUGUUAAAAUAGUGAAUACGGGUGACGAUACUGACCAUCAUUGUCUGAGCGGGGAGCGAGUCGAGCUGAGCUGUGAGCUGUCCAGAGAGAACGCAUUGGUCACCUGGUAUAAAGAUGGCAUGGAGGUAGAGGAGAGCGAGGAUGUCCUAUUGCAGUCAUACGGCAAACAUCGCAAGCUGAUCAUUCCCGUAGCCAAAGCCCAGGACUCGGGCGAGUAUGUCUGCGAUGCUAGAGAUGAUUCUGUCUUCUACAAUGUAACAGUAACAGGUCAGUAAUACAGUUACCUAAUAACAGAGCUCGGCUAAGUGGUACUCAGUGAUAGCAAAUUGCAUGGUGUCUAUUCAAUAAACGCUGGAGUGAGCUACAAACCACACUCUCUCCAGAGUACACGAAAAGCCAGAAUCUCUGUGUGGGAGCCCCACCAUGGUGGCCGUAAUACCAACAGGGCCCCUGAAAGUGCAGGAGUAAAUUACAUUUAAAUUUAUUUUGAAAACCUCAUAUUUGUUAAAAAAAAAGAAAAGUAAACAUAAUAUUAAUUAUUAUUUAAUAUUAACAGAUCCGUUUUAAGAAAAUUCCACCUGGAUAGUUUACUGGGAAUAUUUAGAAGCCAUUUAAUGUAUACCUUCACAUACUCUACUAUUUACUUUUAUUUUUAUUUUUUUUAUAAAUACUUUGCCUUUUUAGACCCUCCAGUUAAACUAGUAAACACCACGGAUGACACAGAACACAAUUACCUGACCGGAGAGCGCAUGCUGCUGAGCUGUGAGGCGUCUUUGGAGAACGCGGAUGUGCGCUGGUACAAGGAUGGCGUGGAAGUGGAGGAAAGCGAGAGCAUAAGGAUAGAAUCAGAUGGGAAAAAUCACAGGCUAAUUAUUGACAUCGCUCAGGUCGAAGACUCGGGGGAGUAUGAAUGUGAUGCGGGAGACGACUCACUGUUUUACUAUAUAACAGUUACUGGUUAGUGAUGACAGCACAAUCAUCGGAUUGGAGUGAACAAAGUUGUUUUUUUAUGUAGAAAAUGCGUUAAAUGUAGGAGGUCAAUUCCUGCCUAAUAAUUCCUGCCUGUCCCUUUAAAAAGAAUGUUUUAAAGAAACAUAAUAAUGGCACUUAAAAAGAUCACACCUCUAAUUUCUAUGCAGUUGGCUUGCCAUGCAAGUUGCAAACUAAAAAUAUGAAACUUUUCAUUUUCUAUGCUUAAUGAGCUAGAAACUGACAUUUCUUUUUUUAAAGAUUAAUAUAAUGAUUUGUCAAGGUGGAAGAGAACCUUUAUUGACAGUCUCAAACUAUAUUUAUAAAUAUAAUAUCUUGUUUUUAUAAUUUUGAAAUAAGAGUACAUAUCGAUAAUCAUGCUUAUUUUUUUUAUUUCCGUCCUUUGUGCUCCUCACUCACUCUAGAGCCCCCCGUAAAAUUUGUGAACGUUUGCGAUGAUUUGGAGCUGAACUUCUCGAGUGGUGACCGCAUGGUGCUGAGCUGUGAGGUGUCCAGAGAGAAUGCCGCGGUACGUUGGUAUAAAGAUGGGAUUGAAAUGAAAGAUGGAGAAGGUGUCAGGUUGGAGUCUGCUGGAACACAUCGAAGGUUCAUUAUCCCCACAGCGCAAACAGAGGACUCUGGCGAAUUUGUCUGCGACGCUGGAGAUGAUGCUGUGUUCUUUAGCGUGAUGGUGACCGGUCAGUAAUUCUAUAUUAUUUGACAUACAUGUAAUUAUUCUAAUCCUACAUUUUGCAAACCAAUGCUUCUCAACCACAUUUUAAUAGGAAUAACAAUAUAGGAUGGCAUCAUCUAGGUGAAUAAUACUUAAAGAGACACUAUAGGCACCAAAAUAACUUUAGGUUAACAAAGCAAUUUUGGUGUAUACAUCAUGGCCCAGUAGUUUCAAUGCUCAAUUCUCUGCUAUUUAGGAGUUAAAUCACAUUGCUUAUACAGCCCUAGCCACACCUCCCUGCAUGUGACUAACUCAGCCUUCCUAAACACUUCCUGUAAAGAGAGAUCUAAUGUUUAAACUUCCUCUAUUACAAAUCUAUCUCAUUUAAAUAUAUAUCAUCUUCUACUCUGUUAGUAGUCUGCUAAAGCCUACAGGAGCCUCCUGUGUGUGAUUAAAGUUUAAUUUACAGAACAGUAGAAUAAGAACUUCUAAAGUAAAUUUAAAAUCAGUUGGAAAAUGAAACCAUUUCUUUAAUGCAGGCUGUCUGUGUGAGUCACAGCUAGGAGAGGUGUUGCUAAGGCUGCAUAAAGAGAAACAAAAGUGAUUUAACUCCUAAUUGGCAGAGAAUUGCGCCGUGAGACUAGAGGGACAUGAUCUAUACACCAAAACUGCUUCAUUAAGCUAAAGUUAUUUUGAUGCCUAUAGUGUCCUUUUAAAUUGUGAAAUAACAAAUGUAAUAAAAUUCAUUUGCUAGAAAAACCAUGAAUAUACUUUGCUCAGCGUUGAAGGUGUCCCAAUUUACUAAAAUAAACAAAUCCUGACAUAUGUCUGAGACUCAGGAGACUCACUAGAAAUGUCACAGGGACUCAGAUUGUGUCGUAACCUUUGGAUUAAGAAGCAGUGGUAUAGAACGCUAGAUAACAAUCCAACAUUUUUAUGCAUUUAGAUUGCACUGUGAUGGGUGACUUCUGCACUGGGGAUGAAGCAGUGGCGGAUGUUUUGAAGGCAAGUUUGGGAGAUUGACAAACCCGUCCAGCUUGCAGAUGUCACAGUGUAAUGCUAUCUCCAUCAUGAGAGAUAAGGGGUGUCCAUUACAGAAAUGUAACAUCUAAGUCAACAGUGUACAAAAACCUCGGACCCCCACUACGUCCAAUUUAUAUGCUGCAGGACUCAAUUCAGUUAAUUAGUCAAGAAUGUUUUCAAAAUGCACGGCUUGCUUAAUGAAUUGAUUAACUGCUCCAUCUGAGUGAUACAUAAUACAGGGCAGCACUUUUCUGGUAGCGCCCAUCACCAUGAAGAAGAGAUGAGUUCCACGAAAUAUGCUGUAUCUGGCAAUCGAAUGCCAUUCAUAAAGAUCAUACAAUGGCCAAAUUAAACUCCAUUCAUUUAAACAAUAUUAUCUAUGUCCUCGCUACUGUGAGCUUCUGCCGAGAUAUACACAAUAGCCGGGUCAAUUGAUAUGUAAAGAGACAGACCUGAGCUCCCUAAAUGCUUAUGACCUGCGUGGGGGAAACAUUGUGUCAUUCUCCUCAGUUGUCAUAACAACCUAAUGUCUGCCAGCUCUGUAUCAUGGGGGAUAUGGGUACACUGUGCUAGCCCCCUCCACCCCCCUCAAUUUGCUACCAAGUUACCAUGGAGAAAAGUUAACUCUUUGUAAUCUCCUAUAUUUCUCUGAAUUCUGGAUAUUUAUACACAGGUAAUCUUUUGCUAAUUUUUAAAGGCACAGUGUCUUUUGUUUGGAAUUCUGAAAAUACUUGGUACUGCCAUUGUGCAGUCCAGUGUUGAAGAGGAACUCACGGCUGUGGAGUGCUGUACCCACCUGUCAUCGUCGGUCCGGAAUUCUCGGAAUACUGUGACAAUAAAAGGAAAACCAUGAAUAACCAAAAACCACAACAUUUAGGAGGGACGGUGGCUCAGAAAUAAUUAAAUCGCCUUCCUAGCCCCUUUUUAAGACUUUGUCAUUAUUCAUAACAACACAAUCACCCAACUGUUACUCAGUUGUAGAUUAUGCUAGCUUUAGUGUAUAAAUAAUAUUAAUAUUUAUAAUGACAGGUACGCCAUUAUUACCAGAGUAAGAAUUCAAAGUGAAUUUUAAAUUUAAGGUUAAAAUAGCCAAACUUGAGAAAUUCUCGAAGUUAGCUAUGCUUUAAGUUUGGCUACUCUGGAUUUAAAUUUGAAAUUCACUUUGAAAUCACUUUAAAUAAUAUUGCAUGUCUUUUCUAAUAAUGUUUACCCUCCUCGCCCUAAUUUAUCUGUACAGGAAGAAUAAAUAAACAAAAAAAAAAAUUACAAGUUUUUAAAGUUACAAAAUUGUAUUAUUUGGGUAAUCCCUAACAACAAUCUAUUUACAAAACAGGCGCUUAGUGCUUUGCAUCACAUUUGAAGAGAGUUGGUAGUUAAGGGUUAAGUAGUUUGUAAGUUAUGGGAUAAUUGGUAAGAAUUCUAUAGGCUGCAUUUCCUAAACAUUUUUCAAAAUUACACAAAAAUAGACUCGCUUCCAAUUUACGUUCUUGGAAUGAGAUCAAUUAGAGCCACAUUCAAAAUAAGAUAAUUAUUCUUUGUUCUGGCUCUGAGCCCGCCGUGGCAUGGAAUAUGUUAAAAAAGAAAAAAGAAAGCUAAUUGCUUCUUGUGAAUUUACUUUGUUUAAUUACUAUUCUCUGCGCUGUAUUUAGACUGACCUUUUCCGCACUCAAUGUUUGUGAAGUAAUUAUCUGAACUGUUUUCAAAGUAUGUUCUGCAAACCAGGGCAAAUGUUUCCGUCAAUAUCUGCCUGGAAGGAUGGCUCGUCCUGUGUUUGCAUAAAAUCUAUGGAAUUUCUGUCAUUCGAAGUUUGCUUCUUUCUAUAAAUAUAAAAGUUUGUUCAUAUCGUGUUAUGAACAUGUACCCCCACCUCUCGCACCCUGCGCAUAGCGCCUUGCUUAUUCUGUAGGUAAAUACAAUGUAGGAAUAGUCUUUUGUUUUUUUUUUUGUAUUUAUAUUUAAUUUGCUGAUGACAACCUUUUUGGAACGCACAGUAAAAAUCAAGGCCUGUUUGUAAAUGUUACCAACGGGGGAAAAAGAAAAAAGUUGAAGAUUUUGUUAGUUGUGGCCUUCAUUUGGCUGGGCUAGACAAUGGUUAGUUCCCCAUAAUUAACUAUCUCGCAGGCAUAGGCAACCUUCGGCACUGCAGAUGUUUUGGACUACACCUCCCAUGAUGCUUUGCCAGCAUUAUGGGUGUAAGAGCAUUAUGGGGGAUGGAAACAUCUGAAAUGCCGAAGGUUGCCUAUGCCUGAUUACUAGUGAAAACAUUUUUGUUACAUAUUGGAAGUUACAGUUUGAAUUCUCCUGUUACAUCUAGGCUUAUCUGGUACAUUUCAUUCACAUUCUUUUUAUUUAUAGAUUUAGAUAUUUCAUUUUUUUUUAUUUUUUUUACCAUCAUUAUGUAUCAUCCUACAAAUCCCGGAAGUAAUCGAGAUUCAUACUUGCCAAGUUUUGGAAUCUGGAAUUCAGGGCCACGGUGGGGCAAGCUGGCAAUGCGCCCAGCUGUAAAGGGGCAGUGGCACCCUGUCAUGCAUGCGUGGCAGUUUAACAAACCUACCUGGCAAGGCAGCCAAGCAGGGAUGCCCAUGCGCAGAGUGUUGGGCAUGCAUAUGGGUAGAACUGUACAGAGUUCACCUCAUGCUGAACCCCAGAAUGAGGGCACAAGAAAAAGUGUGGCAGGAGACUAAGACCAGGACUGUCCUGCCACAUCCUUUAGACUGUAAUCUGAGCAGGGCUCUCCUGGUCUCCACUUGCAGUCAAUCAUCAGCCCUAGCAAUCUUUUUUCUUCUCUGAUUUGUCUACCAAUUGUAAUGAGCACUGUGAGUAAUUUAUUCCUUUAUUUUAUAUAUAUAAAUAUAUAUAUGUAAGCACUAGCAAAUGGUUUCAUAUUUAUUUUAUAUUGUUUCCCCCAGAACCACCCACAAAAAUUGUGUUUCCCACAAACGGCUCUCAGGAGCUGGACUUCAUCAAGGGUGACAAAGUAGAACUGGUGAUUGAAGUGUCACGGAGCAACGGCACUGUCCGCUGGUUUAAAGACGGACUGGAGGUGGAUGAAAACGAAACUCUGCGCGUGACGUCCGAUGGGUUCAGGCGAUGCUUGGUCUUACCACACGCAGAAGUGGAGGAUUCUGGGGAAUAUAUCUGUGACACAGACAGUGACUCCAUCACAUUUGAUGUGAAAGUAUCAGGUGAGAAUAAGGAUGGAAAAAAUACAAUAUUACCUUUGUGGCAUGCAAUACCAGUAGUGAAAUUGGGGAAUAAACAAUAAUAAAUUACCCCUUAAAAGGUAGUGUGAAGACUCCUCUGUGUCUUCGCAAAUAUGGCUAUGAAUAAAAAAUACACAACCUAAAAUGAAUAAAAACAGAAAGGGAGCACAAAUGGAGUAGAUAAAUUUACACACCAUAAAAAAUAAAAAAUAAGAUACACUCGCAAACAUAUGAAUAAAAUAGGAGGAAUAUAUAAUUCAAAAUGAAGACUUCUUUUGUUCUCUUCUCCCACUCUUUAUUCUUUUAGGGUAAGAGAGAAAAACACAACAUAGUGUACAACUGUAUAUACACAAAGGAAAUACUUAAUUAGAUUGCACACACAGGAAACCAGUAGUUAAAAAGCCCAUCAAAAUCGCAAUGUGUCUUCAGUAUCCAGGAAGAAGCUGGUAAACACCCAGGAUAAGAAGCAUGCGAGUAUGAAACAAAAUAUAUAAUAAAUCUGCAACAUAAAAGCAAUCCUGCCGCCCUACGCGUUUCGUCCUAAGACUUCGUCAGGGGAUUCCGGCUAGUGUCCUAGAGUCUUGUCUUCCAAUACCAUUUAAAUGUCCCGCUUGUUUCGACCUUAAGGCUCGUUAGCCAAUCAGGGACAAGUCCUUCAUUAAAUCCACCUGUAAAAAAUGAAAUCUUUCACGAACUGCUCCUCCUUCUGGGCUUCUGCGUGUCAAGCCUCAUUUUCGACAAUAUCGGAUGUGACAUCAUAUUCUUCUCACAGCAAUGGAACGCAUUGGCAUAUGCGUUCCAUUACAUCUAUUCCGGACGGAAUCUUUUUGUAUAUGAGAAUUACAUGUUCCGCCUAUUUUAUGCAUACGUUUGUGAGUGUAUCUUAUUUUUUAUUUUUUAUGGUGUUUAAUUUUAUCUACACCAUUUGUGGUCCCUCUUUGUUUUUAUUUAUUUUAGGUUGUGUAUUUUUUAUUCAUACGAGAAUAAGGAUGGAGCAUAUUCCAGGGGAACUGGGACUCCCGGCCUAAGAUGUGGUUUAAUAUGACGUCUACUUAAAAGGACUCUCCAGUGCCAGGAAAACAAACAGUUUUCCUGUCCUGCAGGUCCCCUCUCCCUCCCACCCCCCAUCCCAAGUUGCCGAAGGGGUUAAAACCUCUUCAGUGACUUACCUGUAUCCAGCGUACCUCGGCGCUGGUUCAGGGUCCGCCCACGCUCCUCCCCCAUCCGGCAGGGGAGACCUACAACGCAUGCGCAGCCACGCACGCGCAUUAGGCCUCCCCAUAGGAAAGCAUUGAAAAAUGCUUUCAAUGCUUUCCUAUGGGGAUUUCAGCGACGCUGGAGGUCCUCACAUAGCGUAAGGACGUCCAGCGACGCUAUAGCACACGGAAUGUGUGCUAUAAUACCGGAAGUGCCCUCUAGUGGCUGUCCCCCACUAGAGGGGGAGUUAACCCUGCAAUGUAAAUAUUGAAGUUUAUGAAAACUGCAAUAAUUACACUUGCAGGGUUAAGGGUAGAGGGAGUUGGCACCCAGACCACUCCUAUAGGCAGAAGUGGUCUGGGUGCCUGGAGUGUCCCUUUAACCCCUGAAUUUAACAAACAUUUAUUUGUGAGGUGUGAAAAGUUAAGAUAAGCAUCUAACAUGGAUUUUUGCUAAAAAUGUAAUAUUAUUUGUAAGCUUUCUGUGUAAGUUGAAUUGAUCUGUGUAUCAUUCUAGCCAAAUUGCUAACAAAUGUAUACAUUUCAAGAGAUUUCAGCUUUUAUCUGAGCAUUUAUCUAUUGUUCCAUUGUUGUAUCUGUUACCAGUGAGCUGUAAUCCGCUUGAUGUUCACUACUAUAAUGCAGUAUUAGCAUUGAUGCUCUGGAUCAUUAAAUGGCACAAUGUAUUCACAUACAAUAGCACUUGCAUCCUGUUAUAUGCCCUCCCUGCACAAGAACAUCAUGAUGUGACCGUUAAAUCUCUGUGUCAGCUACAGAAAUUCAGACAUACACAAUAAACUAAAAUAAUGAUUAUAUAGUAAUUUGAAAAUUCUAAAUUUCUUGGAAUUAUAUGUAACAUCAUAUAAAGAUUAAAAUGCUGCUGGUUAAAGUGCUCUUAUACAUACCGACCAAUAGCCUCGGGUUUAGUGGGACAGUCCUGAAUUCAGAGUGCUGUCCGGCCAUCUUAUGUUUGCUCUCUGGAAUCCCCAGAUGGCUAGACCGACAGUUCCUAUAAUACGCAGUACAAACACAUCAUUAGACGGCACAGUGCAAACUGCACUGAGUUCAUUACAUGGUAGAGAGAUUUAAUGACUAAUGCCAAUUCUGUUGGUGGCACCACCACCCUCCAUGCUGCCCCUGUUCUCCCCUCAGUCCUUAAUGGUCCUUGAUUUUGUUUUGUUUUUUAUUGUGGGUGGUGGCUGACCAACUGACAGAGAGUUACUCUGAACAAAACACGUUUUUUGAAAAUACUGUGUUUGGUUGGGGUAACCCUUCAAGGUUCUAGAUUAGGGGUGCCCAAAAGGUAGAUCCCCAGUUAUUGCAGAAUUAAAAAAUCCCAUGUUGCUUUGCAUGUCUUUAGAAUGACAAAGCAUCAUGGAAGCUGUAGUUUGAAAGCAUCUAGAAAUAUAACUUUUGGGCACCCCUGUUCUAGAUGAAUGCAGGACAUUGGGCAGCUAUAAACUGCAUUUGAGAAUGAGCAAAUUGAGAAUGAGCUUUCAUGAAGAGUCCUUCAUACCACCCAAUCACGAACCAGGCAUUUCCAACCUAAUCAUGAUAUUUGCUGUCCAUUAACACAUCCAUUUACUAUCCAAGAAAGUUCCAAUCCAAUAUUCCAAGUAAGGAGAAUGUAGCAGUUCAGAUCUCACUACACAUUCUACUAGGACGAGGGGAUUUUUACGGUUACCAAUAAUUCUGUCCCAGUAACAUAUCCUAUUCGUUUUCAGAACCUCCUGUCACGAUUGUGUCCAGUGGCUGCUCCCCAUCCGUGCUACGUGUGACGGAGGGAGAUCCAUUUUCUAUACAGUGUCUACUCUCCCGCGUCUCGGCUGCUGUUCGGUGGUUCAAAGAUGGUCAGAAAUUGAUGACAAAUGACAAACUGACACUGGAUGAACAGGGAACCAAGCACUUCCUUCACUUCCAGUCUGCGCAGCCAGAGAACGCAGGCCAUUAUGAGUGCAACGUUGGCACGGAUGCCAGAGUUUUCACCGUCCAUGUCGAUGGUGAGUAGCAAUGAACCAGCCGUUAAGUGCAAUCUGUCACUAGGGUAGAUCUUUCCAGUGUAGCACACCAGCACAACAUCUGUCUACUGCAAUGAAACUCUGAACUGUUAGAGAGCCUGUAGAAUAUACAGCGAUAAUAAAUAUUGCACCCCAAAGAUGAGUUAUAUCUCCUGGCAAGAGUAUUUUGGCCCUCGGUACCCACAGGCUGAAAUGUAAGUUUGAUUUAUGAACUAAUAUUCUCCAGUUUCCCAUUAUGUUAAAUGCGUGUCUGGGCCUGCAAAUUCGAUACGUCUAUUUUUCAUUUCUUGACACACACAGACUCUAUUUAAAACGGCCUAAAAUGUAUGUAAAUCUCAGAAUUUAACCAGUAUAGCUAGGAGCUGAGGUUAUUCGCUUAAUAUUCACAGGGGGGGACUUGAUAUCACUGAAAUAAGCGUUUUAUAGGUGCAAUAGCAAGAUGUUUUAAAAAAAUGAUGUUUUAACGUAAAGAGAUAAAAAUUUAUUCCCCAUAAUUUAAAAAUGGCGAAUUAUAUCAGUCAGAAAGGCGUAUUCAGAUUUGGAAAAAUCUUUACGAACACUCUUUAAUAUGCCAUCUCUCCGGAUUAUUCCUUAUUGGGUGAAUUUUAAUUUUUAGUCCAAAAGAAAAGAGAGAAUCUGAAACUAGAGCUGGCUUCGAUUUUUUUUUUUUCCAAUUCUGCUUUUUAAGGUCUGAAACUAGAAAUGUGCACAAUUUAGUGAAAAACCUUAAUAGUGUUACCCUACACAAUGUAGCACUCAUCAAAGAAUGCUUCGUAGAUAACAGCCACCAGCAGGAGCUGAGUAGGUAGCACUCACUAUUGUUGUCUUUCUGUGCAUCACUUAAUGACUCACCUAACCUCUCCUGUAUGUCUUUCCUAUGCAACCCAAAAUCAACUCCGCUUCUUGCUGCAUGCAAGCCAAACUGCCUUGUAUAUUACCUUAAGCAUCACCAAGUAUUUAUGCAAUGCAAUCAAAAUAUUUAUAUGUAUACCCUACACAGAAAAUAAAACUAUUGAAGCCUUCUAGAUUAAUCUAAUCUUGUUUCUGUGUCUAUUCUUUUCCAAAAUAAAGGGUUUAAUAAUUCGAAAUAUUUUUGUCGCAUUGUAGUUGAUGCUUGUGAUAGUCUUGCCUCUUCGUAAAUAGAGAGACUUUAAGUCAAUGUACCAUUUCAUAGCUUCUGCUCAUGUUUACAAUUUAAUUAUUUUUUAUUUUGAAAGGGGUUCAGAGCACUGCAAAAUAAAAUACGCCAGGUAUCCUGUUGGGGAAUCUUGAUUCUAAAACAUGUUAUUUUCCAUCAUAUAGUGAACUAGAAUUUGCUUUCGACCUAAUUACAAGGGGAUUUAAAAUUGCAGUUAGAUUCUGUGCCCCUCUGCAUUGCCACCUGGGGCUCUAAUUCCUGUCGGUGUUUGGUUCUUGGAAGAGGCGGUAGUGGCGAUCUUAGGGCGCGAGCAGAUCAUGCCGCGGAGGUUGUGCACAGUGUCUGACGACCUCAGGCUGGCACUCUCCCUGUCCCGAUCUGAUGCUGAAGUGAGAUGGUACAAGGACGGAGAGCGGCUGAGAGACAAUCCACACGUACUAGUGGAGGAGAGGGGAGCAGAACGCUCGCUGACCAUCCUUGGAGUGACACGUGGUGACGCAGGGGAAUAUCUUUGUGAUGCCAGCCAUGACAGCUUCAGCUUUUAUGUCACUGUGGGAGGUAACAGGAGAGACGAAGAGGCACUGCAACCCACAUCUUUUUUGCAUUUACCCUUUCAAGCACCAGCAUCCACCACUCUGCAAUCUCAUGUUCCUUUGGAUAUGCAACCUGCACCCUUCGUUGCUGCCCCAUUAAUCUCUGCUUCCUAUUUAACUCUUCCCUGCUCGUUGCCCAAUCAAAUCCCACUGUUUUCUAGUUCUCCUCUGUUUCUUUUCCUCAGUCUACCUUUUGCAUCCUUCUUCUAAGAUUGUAUAUUUUACAACUUUAAUUAAGUUGUCAACCUUGACUCCUACUAAUACAAUUUUCCCUGAGAUUGCAUGAUUAUCAUUUUCUAUGAUCCUUCUCUUAGAAAUGUUGUGCCCUUGGGCUGUCUCCUUCUUGCUCCUUCUAUGUUCUAAAUUGCCCGUGAUGGCUCCAUUCCCCCCUAUUAUGCCUCCUUUAAUGUACUUUGCGAUUCCUUCCAGUCUUGGCUAUCAUGUAUCCUUUCCUCAUCCUGCUACUCCCCAAUUGCUUGUGAUGUCUUCUUCCACCUGUUGAGCCGUGAUUACAGCAUGUGGUGCAUUUUCCUCAUUCUGGGAUGCCUUCUUACUGCCUGUUCUGCAUCUCCUCUCCUAUUCUGCAUCCAUUUUUUGCUGUGAUGCUUCCUUCCCCAUCGGCCUAUCCUCCUUUACUGCCUGUACGUAUCCUCCCUUCCCAUGAGAUGCCUCUGUAGCUGCUUGAGAUGCCACUAGCAAUGUCUCCAUUAUUGCUUGUGAUGCCUUCUUCGUCCUCCUGUGAGGCCUCCAUUACUGCCUGUGAUGCCUGCUUCUCUAUUGUGCUAUUGCCCCCAUUAUUGCUUGAGACGCCUCCACUAAUCUCUGCAAUCUUUCUCUAUCGUUUGGGCAUUUCUUUCCGCGUCCAAUCUUAGACAAUGUUGCAAGUAGUGAAGUUUGCUGUCUCGGCUGAGAAAGGCUGUGCAUUAAAGGCUUUGCAGUUGUUUUUCACUACUGUGAGUCUUGCUUUUUCCUCAUCCCUCGACUCUCUUGGUUACACAGCACCUCCGGUGGUUAUUGUGGGAAAUACUGGAACCCCUGAGCACCAUACUUUGAUGGCUGGCGAUGACCUGGUCUUGUCCUGUGAAUUGUCUCGGCCUAACUUUAAGGUGCGUUGGCUGCGUGAUGGUGAGGAACUUGUGUCAGUUGGACGGGUGAAGAUCCUGUCCCGAGGCGUGCACAGACAAAUUACUAUACAGUCACUCAGACCAUCUGAUUCCGGCACCUACACCUGUGAUGCUACAACAGACCAGAUGCACACCACAGUCCAUGUAGAAGGCAAGUAACUGGAGUAAUAGGACGUCACACUUGAGAAACCCCUUAUUAUGUAAGCCUAGUUAAGCCGCUAUUCUGUUUUACAAUUUAUAGAUCUAAUGUUAUUGGACAGUAAAUAAAACUAAAUGUGAAAAUAUUUUUUUUAUGGACUGGGCAAUUUAAUACCUGGGUGGGAAAUUGCUGAGGUCCUUGGCACCCCAACACAGCUUGGCCACACUCAUCUUUAAUUUUUUUUUAUAUAUAUAAAUAUAUAUAUAUAUAUAUAUGUUCGUUUUCUCACUUUGAAUUACUAUGGACUGUUCAAAAGUUUUGAAAUAAAUGUUGUAAUGUUGUGGUGUUUGUUUGUCUCAGUGCCCCGACAGGUGGAGUUUAUCACCGAGGUACAGAAUGUCACCGUGCUGGAAGGAGAAAUGGCUACGUUUAAGUGCGUUGUCUCUCCUGAUGACGUGAAUCUCAUGUGGGAGUUAAAUGGGUCUCCAGUGCACUCUGACAAGCGGGUCAGCCUGUCAAGUAAUGGGCUGUGCCAUUCUUUUACUCUGCGCUCCUGCCGUAUCUCUGACUCGGGAACUGUGACAGCAAACGCUGAGGGAAUCAUCUCCAGGGCAAGACUAAGGGUACAAGGUGGGUGAGGUACCCCGAUACCUUAUAACCCUUUUAAUGCCAAAGGCCAUCCUAAGUUUGGCCCCCUGGUUCCUUACCCCCUGGUUUGGCACUCUCUUAGCUAAGCGACUUCUGACAUAAUGCAAGCAUUUGCCCAGCAGCAGUAUCUUUAGAGAGUAUCUUUAACAUUUUCCUUUGCUUUUACUAUCUGUUUAUGAGACGCCUGUAUAAUGCAUCGGCACAUUCCACUUUCUGUGCAGAAUCCUCUGAUGUUUCCACACUUUUAUGUUUUAAUUUUCACUACUAUUCUCAAGUUGUUGUUUAUUAGAUUAAUUGGUGCAUUUAGUUACAUGUGUAAUAUGUUCUGCACAAGUACAUGGCCUCCUUGGCAAAGAAUCCAUAUGAAAAGACCAAUCAUGGAACUCCAAUUGUUGUUGAACUAACAUUCACAGAAUUCUAGGGAAAUUUAGUCCAAAAAAUUCUGAGUCAAGUCUGAAGCCCCCAGAUACAUGUCCUUCAUAGUCCUUAUUUAUUUUCAUGACAGAGGCCCAUGUGAUGUUCACUGAGGGUCUCCAGGAUAUUGAGGUGGAAGAAGAAGAAGAUAUAACACUGACAGUGAAGGUCACUACCGAGAGAGCCGACGUCCGCUGGGUGAAACAAGGGGUGGUAAUCCAAUCUAGUGACAAGUAUACUCUGCAGAGCUCAGAACACACACACUCACUCACUAUCCGCAGUGUCCAGGCUUCUGAUCGAGGGCGAUACAGCUGCGAGAGUCUUCACGACAGAACCGAUUGUCGUCUGAACAUUUUACGUAAGUUUGAAAGCAUUAUUUUUACAAAUAUGAAACAAAUUGUGUUUGACAGGAUGUCAAAUGUGCGUAUUUAUAUUGAGGACAAAUUAAACGAGAUGCACAUUAAAUAAGAUUAUUGGCAAAUUAGAUUUUUCGGGCCACUACAAACCCAUUUAUCUUACGCCCUAAUGUGGAUGAAAUAAAACAUUUGUAUUGCAGCACAUAUUAUGAUAAAAAGAAUAAAGCUAAAUGCUAGCUUUGGAUACAAUUCCUCUUUGGAACAUACAAACUACAAUGUGUCCACAAUAGCUCUUUAACUCCUUCACUGCCAACAUGUAUAGACAGACAGCAGACAUCUGAAUCCGUAGUCCGAGCCCCACAAAUACAUGUUUCUCAGCAUUUCAAUGACUCGCAGGUGAAAUAAAUUUAUAUUGUAUCCUAUUCUUUAACUCCAUUAAACAAGUAUCAAUAGUGUUAUUGUUGCUAUGUCAUUAAAUAAUGUUAUCUACAGUAGACUACUGACAUAAGAAAAAUACAUUUACUAAAUUGUUUCCACAAUGCAAAAAUGUAAUGAUUUUGCUGGUCAUUUUUUUCUUCAAUAACUUGGCACUCAAGAAGUUACGGUGAAUUUCUUUAUCUCUCUGUUCUUUGGUGGUAUUUGACCACUGAGAAUUCUCAGUGCUGUCUGAGCUGGUGCAAAGUAUAGUCAUUAAAACUGGCAUUUUGCCCCAAAUACCCUUCCAGUUCCAUACCUUUCUGUAUUGAUCACUUAUUCUAUAUUACAUACCAGUUCUUUUCUUAUGGGGCAAAUGAAGAUGAAGAUUCAUUUUCCCCAAAUUCACUGUUGCCCAUACUUCCUACCUCACCUCCCUGGAGUAAGAGAACAUUUGUUAACUUUGAAAAUGUUUCCACCUAAUCAAAUAAAAUUUCACGUUGCCAAUUUCAUGCCUGUCCCUUUAUAAUCAAGUAAGUCAGCUAAAUAUGUUAUCGUUUCCCUUUAUUGUUGUCAUUAUAUGUUUUCCUUUGUUUAUUGAAAUGCCCCCAUUGCACUGUAGAAGUUGCUGAUGCUUAAUAUUUAAUGAUGGUGACUUGUGUCCUCACAGCCAGGAGCAUAGCUGUAAAGAAGGGGCUGCAGGAUGUGAAAUGUUUGGAAGGCAGCAACAUAGAGUUUUCUGUGGAAUUGUCCCACGAAGGUCUAGCUGGGGAGUGGUGGAAAGGCGGUAUGCGUCUGAUCUCCGAUGACCGAUGCAUGAUCACAGAAAGUGGCCGUCAGCACUUCCUGCGCUUUUUUGAUCUCUCUCUCCCUGACUCGGGCAUUAUUGCCUUUACCACCGACACCCUCCGCUCUACAGCGCAGCUGACAGUAACCGAGCACCCGCUCGCCAUUACACAACCUCCACAAGACAUUGUGGUCAACGAGGGUGGAUUAGCCUCAUUCCAGUGUGAAGUGUCUAAACUAGAAGCCAUUGUGACGUGGAGCAAGGUAAGAACAUUGAGUACUUUACAGGUCUUCAAAAAUGGAUCAGACAAGGGUUAGAUCCUGGAGAAAUAAAAUAAAUUUUAGAAUAGAACAUUAAGGAUACAGAUAAUGCAGGAAGGAAACAAUGUCUACAUGGUUAAAAGGAAAAGGUAAUUAGACUAAAAGGAUAAAGCAGCAAUAUCAGGGACAGGGACAGGGACAUGAAGUGGAGGUAGUAAAGUUUCUAAAUCCUGCUUGUGCUAGAUCUCGUACCAGGCUGUGAAUGUAUAUGGAUUAGUUAAUGAGGACAAGAUCCUGAGCGACAAUGUAAUAAGACAAUAUACAAUGUCAUUCGGCAGUUGCUAAGGCCAGUAAGGUAUUGUCAUGUACUAAUAGGGGCAUUCAUUCUUGGGACCACAUCUUGAAUUUUGGACACCUGUUCCAAAGAAGGAUGUUAUAGCACUAGGAAAAGUGCAGAGGCGGGCUACAAAAUUGAUUAAAAGAAUGGAGCAUUUUAGUUAUGAAGAAAGGUUGACACAUUUAAAUAUGCAUAGUUUAGAAAAACUGUGCCUCAGAGGGGAUAUGAUAGCAUUACACAAAUAAAAUGGGGGCCAAUACAAACCAUUGUCUGGCAAUCUAUUCAUAAACAGGACUAUACAUAGGACACAAGGUCACAGAAGAAGGUUAGACUGGAAGAAAUGAGAUUUAAUCUAAGGCAAAAGAAAGGGUUUUUUUCACAUUAAGAGCAAUAAGGAUGUGGAAUUCCCUGCCUGAAGAGGUGGUUUUAUCAGAGUCCAUACAGAUGUUUAAACAGCAAAAACAUAAUAUACAGAUAUAUAAUUUCUAAUUAGUGGUGUAAUAGUUUCUUGAUCCAAGAAGAUAUCUGACUGCCAUUCUGGGGUCAAGAAGGAUUUUUUUCCUAGUUUGUUGAAAAAUUGCAAGAGCUUCAAACUGGGUUUUUUGCCUUCUUUUGGAUCCACAGCAAAAACAAAUGUGAGAAAGACUGAACUUGAUGGACACAUCUCUUUUCAGCCUAUGUAACUAUGUAAUGUAUGGUGCCCAUGUGUUUGGAGUUUUACAUCUGGUUAUUGUAUCCCUAUGACAGGACGGUGACCCACUGGCUCCAAGUGCUUUGUGUCGUAUGUUUUCUGUUGGCCGACGCAGAAUCCUUCAGCUGAGCAACUGCAGGCUACAGGAUGCUGGGACUUACUCGUGCCAUGUGAAUGACAUAUCUGCCUCUGCCGCGUUGCGUGUCCUUGGUGAGACCCCUAUACAUGUUAUGUUAAUGGUAAUUCACCGACUAAAGUACAAGGAACAGAGCAGUUAUUGUAAUCUCAUCAAACUAACUUGAUUGCGUUCUACGAAGAAGUAAGUAGAAGUAUAGAUCAGGGUGUUGCCGUGGAUGUGAUCUAUUUGAAUUUUGCCAAGGCAUUUGAUACAGUUCCACACAAUAGAUUAGUGUUCAAACUCAAGGAAAUCGGUCUAGAUGAAAAUGCUUGUUCUUGGGUAGAACAUUGGCUUAAAAACAGAGUACAAAGAGUUGUCAUUAAUGGUAAAUUUUCAAGCUGGACAGAGGUGGCAAGUGGUGUCCCUCAGGGGUCUGUUCUGGGACCCCUUCUAUUUAACAUGUUUAUAAAUGAUCUUGAAGACCGCAUUGAAAGUCAUGUUUCAGUGUUUGCAGAUGACACCAAACUUUGUAAAACAAUACAAAGUGAGCAAGAUAUUACUUUGCUGCAGAGGGACUUAGAUAGACUGGGGGACUGGGCACUCAAAUGGCAGAUGAAAUUUAAUGUUGAAAAAUGCAAAGUUAUGCACUUCGGCGUAAAGAAUACACAAGCAACGUAUACCCUUAAUGGAAGCGAAUUAGGGAUAACAACACAUGAAAAGGACUUGGGAAUUGUUAUAGACAACAAACUAUGCAACAAUGUGCAAUGUCAAUCAGCAGUGGCCAAGGCCAGUAAGGUAUUGUCAUGCAUGAAAAAGGGCAUUCAUUCUCGGGACGAGAAUAUAAUUUUGCCUCUUUAUAAAUCACUGGUAAGACCCCAUAUUGAAUAUGCUGUGCAAUUUUGGGCACCUGUUCUAAAGAAGGAUAUUAUGGCACUAGAAAAAGUGCAGAGGCGGGCUACAAAAUUAAUAAAAGGAAUGGAACAUAUCGGCUAUGAAGAAAGGUUAACAAAUUUAAAACUAUUUAGUUUAGAAAAACGUCGCCUGAGAGGGGAUAUGAUAACAUUAUACAAAUAUAUUCGUGGCCAAUACAAACCAUUGUGUGGAAAUCUAUUCACAAACCGGACUUUACAUAGGACACGAGGCCAUGAGUUUAGACUGGAAGAAAGAAGAUUUCGUCUAAGGCAAAGGAAAGGAUUUUUUACUGUAAGAACAAUCAGAAUGUGGAAUUCUCUGCCUGAGGAAGUGGUUUUAUCAGAGUCCAUACAUAUGUUCAAACGGCUACUAGAUGCAUACUUGCAAGAACAGAAUAUUCAAGGAUAUAAUCUUUCAAUGUAGGGUAAUAACUGCUUGAUCCAAGGAUAAAUCUGACUGCCAUUCUGGGGUCAAGAAGGAAUUUUUUUCCUAGCUUGUUGCAAAAUUGUGCUUCAAACUGGGUUUUUUUGCCUUCUUUUGGAUCAACAGCAAAAAACAAAUGUGAGGUAGGCUGAACUUGAUGGACGCAAGUCUCUUUUCAGCUAUGUAACUAUGUAACUAUGUAACUAUCAAUGUUACCUCAGCGCAUACCUUUAGCCUAUUAUGGCUACGGCGGGCAAACAGUCCUCUGCAUCUGUUGGUGGUGAGUUGCGGUGUUUACUUGUGAUUUCUGCAAUAUAACUCUGAUCAAUAGUAGCCAGAGGUAGAAUACAGUACCACCAGAGGAGGUGGGGGGAUGCACGCCUGCGUUCCUAAUGAUACAAUGAUAAUAUUUUUCUCCAUAAAACGUUAACAGUUUUUUUGUUUACUUAUAAAAGUUGGAUCUGCGAAGAACUGACAAAAGGAAUCUUAAAAAACAACUGUAAAUAUUAAACUUUAAGUUAACUGUGUUUCCACCUCUUUUUUUAACUUCUAUUUUUCAGUGUCCUUGUCAUUUUUACACAUUUCUCUGUUUGCUGAAAAAACAUUAUUGUGUUGAUUUGUUUUAUUGAUGUAACAUGUUGGGGCUUGCUCACGUCUCUUUGUAAGUGUAGUUCAUACAUUGUUUCUCAGCUGGAAUCCCACGCGUUCCGAUGUCUUGUUCUAAAUGUCUCUCUCUUUGUCUCCUGAAGAGCAAGAGCCACAGAUGUUGAGAGAUUUGCAGGACGUGGAUAUUGAGGAGAAUGAAAAUGCUGUAUUUAUUUGUGAAGUUUCAUGCCCUCAGGCAAAAGGGGAAUGGUUCAAAAAUGGCGAGACAAUCAAAGUUACGUCCACCACCAAAAUUCGCCAGGAAGGUAACAGACACAAGAGAGUUGUUUCACUGUGUUAUUUUUUACUUUUUGUAACUUUAGUCCCAUCUUCUUAUUUGUGCCUGAGACACUACAUUGCAUUUUCAGUAAAGGAUUUUAUUUUGCAUCAAUUAUUCAUGAAACAAUGUAGUAUAAACUUGUGAUGGCUAAACUUUGACCAUAAUCCCUAGCCAGCCAGCUUGCCAUUUUCUCAAUAUGUCAGUUGGCUGGAAAAGAAUCUUAAGAUAUAUUGUCAUACACCUUCAAAUUUUUUAACACUUUCAUUUUAGAGGUGAGGCUGGAGGUAUGACAAUGGGUGAGGUUAUUAAUGUAAAUGUUAUGUGAAUUCAUUGUAUUGUAUUUUAUGGACGGUACUUUGCAUCAUGCCGCGCUGAAGAUCUGCUGUAGUCAGAUGCACAAUAAAAAUAAAACCCCCAUAAAAGAGGGGCAAUGGGAUAGAAAAGAGGGACAGAGGCAUUAGAACUCAAAGUAGAGACUGCCCUCCUAAAUAGGGACAAUUGUAUGUAUGGUCACAACAGCAAAGGAUCACUUUCAUACAGAGCAGGAUUAACCAAAAGUGAUUAGACAGGAAUCAGGAAUUUGCUUGGCCUUGUUAGCCAUCCCUACGUGAAGAAUGAAGGGGGGCCCAGAACUGGGAACCUGCCUUGGACCCGUGGGAUUUUAAUCUUUCUCUACUUUCGUACUUUUGUAGACUGCCACCUCUCGUCUACAGAUCUUUUAUUCUGCUCCUUGAUGCAUGCGUGGAGCGUGUGGAUGGGUUAUUGCUCUGGAUAAGUGACAUGCUAACAUUUUUAUUCUAGGAAGGAGGCAUUUCCUUUUGAUAUGUGGGGUUCAGUGUGAAGACUCGGGCGACAUAGUCUUCAGGGCCAGGAGAGUGGAAUCGAAAGCUCAUCUCCGCGUGUCAGGUAGGAGGUCCUGUUCAAUAUUUGUCGUCAUUCACAUAAUUACUUGUAUUCCAGAAGAUAUACUCCAUUGUAUGUAGUUAUAAAUUUAUUCUUAUAUUUGAAAUCAUAUGUACGUUUCUUUAAAAUUACAGCCAACUCUUUUUAUGUCAUCAAAUGAAAAUAUGGAUUCCUAACCAUGAUUGUUUAGGAUAAUAUAUACCUUUUCUGACCCUAACCCUUUCUAACAAGCGUCCAUGCUUGGCUGCCCACAUAUGUUCAUAACAGGGACUGCACCGGCAGUGUGUUCAUACUCACUCCUAAUGUAUGUGCACACAGGCACAUACGCAGAACCACUUUUCCUCCCACAGCCAAGUUUUCUGUGAACGGCGAGGAUGAGCAGAUUUGAAGCCCUAACUUUAUUUACUGACAGAUUAUUUUUCACUAAAGUGUGAAUUGUCAGGAAUUCACGGUGAUUUUAAAAAUGUAGUCCUAGAUAGUAAAAUUGGAAAAGUUCUACAUUUUCAGUUUGGUUAUUUUGGCUAAAUAUUUGGAAUUCACUUUGGACAAUUCAUCCUUUGAUUCUGAAUAACUGUUAGAACAUCCUGCUCAUCACUGUUCAGUAAGUCUUACUAUAUAUACUUAAGGAUGUUCUUCAUAUUCUAUAUUUUUUCUGUUUUGGCUGUUAUAAUAGAGCUUCCUGUUAGAAUUGUGAAGUCAUUGAGAGAUAAGACUGCCCGUGAGGGACAUCGAGUGACACUGGAGUGCAAGGUGAACCCUCCCAGGGCGCAGGUGACUUGGCUGAAGGGAAACAUAGAGAUUGUCCCAUCUUCAAAGUACCAGAUAAGCACUGAGGAUGCAUUUCGCAAAUUAAUUAUCAAUGAUGUGAACUGUGACGAUGAAGACAUGUACACCAUGAGAACCAAAGCAGGGCAGAGCAGUGCACGACUUCUUGUGGAAGGUAAGAACAAAAGUAAUUUUUUAAGGAAUACAUCACAAGGCAACAAUAUUCUGCAAGUCUCAUGUGCAUAUCUAUGGGCCAAUAGAAUAAACAACACAGGGAAACAAUUAUUAGUGCAAUGUACUAAUAAGAUGCAACCUCGCAUAGCCACGUGACCAUAUUCCAUAACCGACUCCAAGUUCUCCCUAUAGCUCGAUACUCCUUGCCUGACGACACUACCACCAUGUUGAAGGUGGUGGAAGGGCAGGGAGGAUGAACCUAGCGGAGAACCGGGGCAUGGAGGGGGAUAACCUUUUCAGUUUAAAUAACACACUUCCAUCUUCAAUACCUAGUUUCUUUAUUUUCUGUAAUGUUUCCUAAAAAUUAACUCUUCUCCUCAUUGUGGUCUUCAUUCUCGUACACUCUUUUUUUUUUUUUUUUGUAUUCUUUGAUAAGCUAAACCCUUUCUUUGGAUAAUUUUCCCUACCGUCCUUUUGACAUCUCUGUAUUUUUUCUGUGCUCUAAUGGUGCCUGGAUCUCAUUAUUCCAGGUCUAGCCAUCCAGAUCUUUCGAAGUCUGACGGACGUGAAGGUCAAAGCGCCCGCUGAUGCAUGUUUUGAGUGUGAAGUUUCUGUUCCGCUGACCAGACCCCCUCAGUGGAGUUUAAAUGGCACUUUACUAUACAGUGGUCCCGAUGUUAUCAUAGAAAAUCGAGGAACUCGAUAUAAACUCACCCUGAAAGACACAUAUCCAGAAAUGACCGGGACAGUGAGAUUUACUGCGGGUAAAACGCGAUCUGAAGCCAGGCUCAUUGUGCAAGGUACAUAUCUUACAUUGUAACAGGUAUCUUACAAAGGUAGAUCCACAUCUAUUGCAGAACUGCCAUUACAUUUGGCAAAUAAUAAUGAGUUGUGACAGCUGGGAAUAAGCAUUUUGGAAAACCCAGCUGAAUAACAAAAAAAGAAAAUCAUUGAGUUAAAAAAACGGAAUUAUUGCAGGAAAUAAUAUUGCGGGUAAGCAUACAUUGAAUUACAUAUUUUGCAGGAACUUUUUUACAUUAGUAGCAGGUGAAAGUCAGUAGAGCUUUGUUUUGCUGGAAUUGAUCUAUUGAUUGAUGAUUGAUCAUGUUUAGCAUAGAUUCUGCUAUUUUAGCCAUUUAACGUAAGGUCAUUGGCUUGUUUGUUUUUUUAAAGACGUCUUAGUCCCCACUAACAUGUUAAUUAGAUUACAUGUCUCAAGCCCACUUUUUCUUAAAACUCACCGUGUCAUUUUUUAACACUGCUAACUGUAAGGUCGGUAGGAGCAUAUAAACAAUAAUGCAGACAGGAAGCAAAGCCUAUGAUAUUAAAUAAUCCGUAAAUAUUAUACAGCAAGAACCCUGCAUGAAAUGGUAAUGUUAAACAUUAAAGCAAAAACCCUCGACACACAGAGAAUUAGGAGAUAAAUGUUCCUGCAAAAAAUAAAAAAACACAAAUUAAGGGGAUAGAUUAAUCUAUAGAAUUGAUUACGAUUUAUAUUUUAUUGUUACAAUCUGCGUUUUGACUAUUGAUCUUGAUUUUUUUCUGCAGAAUAAGAACAUCACAAGCUGCAUCUACGGCGAGACAUCUCUUCCUGCCUUUUAGACAUUACUUAUAGCCCUUAUAGAUUUCUCACACUUAUUGCUUGCACAUAAUUCCCCUCUCCAAAUUUUUACAGUGCAUUUUGGUAGAGCUGUGCUCGUACUGGUGAGAUUUCGCAUGGUGCUCUAGAAGGCAAAGCUAUUUAGAAGACACCAUAUAUAGGUUAUAAACCUUGCAGAUUGGAGCACAAUAAAAUAUACAUUCAUUCUAAUGUCUUAUGUGCUCUGUAAACAAAUAAAAUGUAUGGGAAGAGACACGAUGAAAGGCAGAGAUACAGAAAAGGAAGGAAACAAUCUAAAUAAGUUGGGAAUGUGCCCAGAGGAAGAUGAGGACAUACAAAGGAAAAAUGAAAGUGACGUGAAAAUUGCUAAAAAGAUUAGAAAAGAGAUAUAAGAAACACAGAAGGCACCAGAGCCAAGUGACGUGUCUGUAUAUACCUAUUUAUAAAUAUUUAUACCCGUCUCUCUCCAUUUUAUUUGUACGUUAUAAGGCUCUGGUGAUUUCUGCAUUAGAGACAGGGAGAGAUUGCAAUGUUACAAAAAAGGGGAAUUGCACUAGUAAAAGGAAAUAAGAGCUAAUGGGAUUGAAAGGACAGAAGCAGAGCUUGAACAAUCUGUAGCAGAUAAAACAAAAAAAACAACCUGAACUGAUAAGAGAGUUACCGAGAAAUGAGAUUGAAAUGUUUGUAAAUUUGUGGCAGGUUGGUGAGAUCAGAUCCCGAAGCGCUGUCUGUCUGUGAAUAUUUACAUUAAUAAGAACAUCUUGUCAAAAAGAACGUGCCCCGAACUGACCUUCAACAUUCACAUACCCAGCUCCCCCCCACACACACACACACGCUCCCCAAGGCUUCACACCCUGAACUUUCCCUGCUGACGUCAGCCGUGUACACAAUGUUCCUCUGCCUUUGAAAUUAAACUUACUUCGCACUUUGGCCUUUGUUUGUUGUUUAUUUGUUCAUGCAUUUUUAUAUUUCUAAUUUAUAGAGGUUUAGAGAUGGAUUU